GGGUCGCCCCGAGGCAUUGCAGAAUUACUCAAAGUGGAAACUGGCUGAGAAUCACACUCACAGAGCUAGCAUCAGCAGGACCAGCAUAAACCGCCCAGAAACCCUUCACCCCUCCCUUUUUCCUUUCCUUUCCGACACAGCAAGACCAUUCUUGGUGCAUUCGUCUCACUAAAGCAUCUGAAACGUCAGUGAAAAAAAAAAUCAAAUGUUCCCAUUCAUACUGUAAAGAGCCAUUAUUAACACAGGACGACAGUAAGACAUCUACACUUCCAGUGACAAGGUAAACUGAUUCAGCUCUCUGUUUAUGCAUUGUGGUGGAUGAUUUAAUAUACCUUCAGUUGUGAUGAUCACAAUCAAGCCAGAUAUGCUUAUCAACGCAAACAAAAACAUACACACAGCAACAUUCUGCAGUUCACCUCGCAUUACCCUGUACACGACUUGUUAGUGUAUCUCAUCAGUGAUUUGUAACAAAGCAUAGGAUUACAUGCAACUGAAAAUGCAGCUUGCUCAAUAGGAGUGCAGACCCUAUUCGGUGUGUGAUUUCUUUGUGAUUGUCCUAGAUUUCACUGGGGCGGUGCCUUUCUUCCUCUGCUGUGAGUGGAGAAAAAUGACUCUAGCUUUGUGACGUGUACGGAUUCACACAAUUUACUCCUGUUUGUUUUGGUGAUAUGGCAGCCUCUGACGUGUCGGGGUUUCUGUAUAUUUACUUUGAAAUUCCAAACAGUCAAUAUAUGUAUAAAUAUUCAGCUGUUAAAAAAAAGCUAACUUAAGAAUGGAAUAAGAGAAUAUUUUGUUAUUUUAUAGAAUGCUCUGUUAAACAUCUAUAUGAUUUUAAGGUGUAAGAAGCAAACAUUCAAAAAUUUCUGAUUCUGUAACACAACUGUUUGAGAGAAAGUACUGGCCCAAUAAAUCUGUUUUAUUUUAGAACAUGCAGCACUCCGUGUCCUCCUUUUUCUAAUCUUCAUGAAAAUAAUGUGACCAUAUGGUGUCAUCAGAACGGCUGUACAGUUCGAAAACACAUGUGCUCCCUGGUAAUGUUGCUGUAAUGCAAGCAGAACAUUAGUGGGACGUUUGUUUCAGCUUGGCCUCAUUAAUCAUAUCCUUGUGCAAAAUAAUUAGAUACAGAUUUUAUAUGGCAUGUACAUGAUGUACUAGGAUAAAACUGUGUGUUGCAUAACCAUGCUUUUUAUACUGCUUUUAAUGUGGUUCUAGUAGAGAAGUAGUGAAAAAAGUUGUGCAAAAACACACGCAAAGCAUGACAAAUUGUGAAAAGUAUUACAUAUUGUUGAUUUCGCUCAACAAACAUUUGUAUACGUGGCCUAGUGCAUAGAUAAACACUCAAAAAGGCUCAUACCAAUCAGAAUAUACACAUUAGAAUAUGUUGGCACUUUACAAAUAAUAACUAUACUGAUUGCACUUAAUUUGUCCAUGUGUGGGUUCUCAUUUUAUUUGCAAAUGAAAAAGUUACUUUUUGCACAAAAUAUAUCUAAAUGUCCUAUAUUUUUUUCUUUUGAUAUUUUAUUUGAUAAAAAGCAUAUAGUGAUUGUAAAACGCAGGAAAAGAGGCAUCCUUACUCAUCGACAAUUCUUUUUACAAAAAUGCACAGCUGAAAUUUAUGAAUGUGAAUGAUUAACUGGUAACAAGAACACUGUAACUGGGUAGCACAUGUUAUGAGUUGCACAAUAUCAGGUGAAAUAAUUAUAUGUGGGCUAUUCAAUAAAGAAAAAUCUAUUGCAAGAUCUGCUUUUAAUUCCAGCUCAUACUUUUUAACAGGGUCAGACUGGAAAUACAAAACAGCCGUGGAAAAAAUGUAUGCCAUCUCUGUAAUGCAUUACAUCAUUGUAUAGUGUGUGCCAGUGUGUGUGUUUGUGUGUAUAUAUAUAUAUAUGUAAAAAAAAAAACAGAUACAAUUCAUAUCUUGUAAUACCUUUUUUUAUUGGACUAACAUAAUUUUUUAAUGACAAGCUUUAGGGAGAACCUUCCUUUCUCAAGUCUAAAGAAUUUCUGAGCAAGAUGACAAAUGUAAUUCAAAGUUGAGUUGUAAUACAGGGGUUAAAGUGACAUGAGUGCAGAAAAGACACAAGUUUACUAGAAAAUAGACAACAUUCUCGCACAGGGUCGUAAAUAUCUUGUGUGAAGAUCACAGAGUGAGAGAGAGAAAAUAAAUAUAGUUAUUUAUUAUUAUUUUUUUAAAGUAAGCUUGUCAUGGCAUUUUAUUUUUAACAGAUAACAGCUCUCAGGGCACUAAAUAAGCAUAUAUUUUUGUGUUUUGGGAGCAGUUAUAUGGUUACUUACCAGCAGCACCUAACUCCAGUGCCACCAUCCUGGUUGACCUGUUGGUGUAAUGGUGCAGCCAUAUCCAUCCACCAUUGCUGCCACUUGUUUGCUGUGAUUGGCCCUGCUUGUGACACUUGCCAAUGAAGGGCAAUCCUCCGUGCUGACACUGACAUGGUAUCUUCACUACCAGCAAUUUUGCGUCAGUGCGUCCCAUAAUCCCCCAGCAAGCAUGAGAACUGCCUGCUGAGGGAUAGCAUUGUGACAAGGAGCAGGAGAACCACCUGUCAAUAAAUCCAUGGCAUUAGACUAAAGUCUGUGCAGCAUCCUGUGAGACAGCGGAAACCUCUUUAGAUGAGGUUUCAUGAUGAGCAAGACCAUGUUUGAAUCCCAUAGCACCGCUGGGAUUGUAAAAAAGCUCAUGGAAGAGCCAUAAGACAAAUUAGUCCCCAUUUUGUCUUGUGAUAUUUUGAAUUGCAUCAGAAUUUCAAUAACAUUCUUACACAGUAAGCAUUAGUAUUUCAUAAAGAUUAUUAGGGUUAUUCACAAAAGUGCUUAUGGUCCUAUACAGAAUAGGUCAAAACCAUAACACAGAGUUAUUCGGACUGCACAUUCCAGACAUUAUUUAUGCUAUUCAACAAUGUCUGGAUUUCAGCUUGAUCAAAUGUCAGUCAAAAGGCACUUGGCAGCGUGAAGGUUAAAUAUGUGACAGUUGACUAGCGCUUUUUAUAUUAAAUAGCUAAAAAUAAAUCAACAAAAAAGCCUAUUGGGGCCUAUAAAACAGCCAUGUACUAUAAUGAAGGUUUAAAACCACCCUAUGCCCCCACCAUGUAGCGGGUGAGCAGCAUUUCUGAUAACUGGCUAAAAUUAGUGACUGGGUAGGCACUGACUAGUUGUUAGAAAGACCCAUCACAUGGGACCUGUUGGGGGGACAUAGUCCCAUACCUGUGGACAUCACGUAUGGGACUAAUUGUUAUAUUCAUUGGGGAGAGCCUAUUGUCUCCACUGGGCCUCAGAACAUUGGCAGUGGGUGGGGCUCUAAUUAUAAUAUUCAUGGUAAGAACCUAGUUUCCUCCCCAGCCCACACCCAAAGACUGCCUAGUUACCAGUUUCAAACAUUUAGUAGACAUGCCUCUAGCUGCAGCAUGGCAGGUGGGUUCAUAAGGAGAUUUUUAACCUACAUUAUAGAAAAAAAAAAAUAAGACACCCAUAGGGUUUUGAUUUAUUAUUAUAUUUAUUUAUUUAUUAUAAUUUUUUCAUGUGGUGGCUGGCUAGCAAGCGAGUGCCAACCACCAUAUAAUUAAUCCUUAUGUGGUUGAGCAUUUUUAGAUUAAUUACUUAAAACAUUACUUAAAAAUGAUUAUUCACUUGCAAAAUAGCACACACAUAUUCUCUCACAGACAGACAUGCACUGAUAUACUGACACACUCUCACUAACACACACAUUCUCAUUGACACACAAAUAUUCUCACUGACACAAAUAAACAUUCUUUUACAGACAGAUACUCAUUGAUAUACUGACACACUCUCACUGACACUCACUCUCUUACUGACACACUCACUCUCACUGACACACACUCACUCUCUUACUGACACAUACACACUCUCACUGACACAUGCACUCUCAUUCACACUAUACACUAAUCAGCCACAAUAAUAAAACCACCUGCCUAAUAUUGUGUAGGUUCCCCCUUAUGCUGCCAAAACAGCUCUGAUGCAUCAAGGCAUGAACUCUUCAAGCCCUCUGAACAUGUCCUGUGGUAUCUGGCACAAAAACAUUAGCAGCAGCCCUUACUGCCAAGGCUGCAUCUCUUCCUGAUUAAGACCAACGCACAUUUUUUUGACUGACAGACACAUGACUUCACUGAUGCAUGCAUUGACUGACAGACACACACACAUUCACUGACAGAUACACACACACACACACACUUUCUCAUAAACUCACUAAUUUUUAUUAUAAAAAAAAAAUGAUAUUUAAGUCCACACAACCUCCCUACGUUUGGGAGGGCUGGAGUGGUUCAUGUUUCUGGGCCCACUGUCCUACCAUUCUCUUCUUUAUUUUCUCCUUCUCAACAUUUGCCUGCAGACAAGACAUGUUAAAUACACGUGACCCCCUUUAAUUCAGCCACUUUAAAAUAAUUUACAUAAUUUAUAAAUACAAUUAUCUUGGCAUGUCCAUAAACCUGUUAUUAUUUUAAACUACUAUGUUGCUUUUUUUUUUUUUUUUUAACCUAUCAUAUUCUUACUGCAUUAAACAUCAUGUUGUCAGUAAUAUAUUACUAUAGUUCAUAAGGCAUCUGGCUAAAACCUCCAACAUUCACAUUCAAAUAGUUUCCAUAACACUAAUCAUAUAUCUACAAGUUAAAUAGAUCAAGUGCAGCAUUUCCGUAUAUGGUAACAGUUGUUCGACUGGCAACAGAAUCAGUGAAUAAGCACAAACAAAUGAAUGUAUAAAAUAACUGCAUGUUGAAGAAUAAAUCAGUAACAUCUUUAGCUACUUGUAAAUUGCAAACGAAAAACAGAAUAUUAUCUAAAUACAAAAAAACAAAACGAAAAGAAAAGAAGCAUUUAAGAGGUCCUUAAUGCAAUUCAAUAAAAAGUUCAUUUAAGAAUCUAAAGGAACACUCCACAUACCAUAACCCUUACUGAGUACUAAAGUGGCUGUGGUGUCAGGAGUGCCCUGAUGUCCCCAUGUAAGAAGUCUAAUGGUGGGACUCCUUACCUGGGGUUCGCCAGGCACUGCUAACUGCCUCUCAAAUGCAAUGCUAGCUGAUUGGCUAAAUGUGAUAAGCUGAUAAGCUAACUCCUGCACCGCCAGGCUUAUUAUUAUUAUUAUUAUUUAUAUAAUGCCAACUAAUUUUGGAGGUACAGGCAGACAGGAAAAUGAGCCUCACUGCCACAUUCAUUAUAGACUAUAAUGGGGCAAGUUUGGAACAUGCAAGACCUGUGAGAAGCGGAUUGCAGCAGUCAAUGCGAGAGAGUACAAUGGCAUGGACCAGCACCUUAGCUGCGUCCGUGGUUAAAUAGGGUCAUGUGCGCACUAUAUUUUUGAGAUGAAAACAUCAGGAUUUGGUGAUCGGCUGGAUAUGAGGGGUAAAGGAGAGGACGGAGUUAAAGACAACACUAUGGCAGCAAGCCUGGGAGGUGGAGGUGAUGGUAGCGCCGUUAUCCCAGAGAAAGCUUCCAACUCUCCUGUAGAUGGUAAUGGCGGCUGAGAGCAGCACUCAGGUAAAGAAAGCAGCACCCAGGUAAGAAUCAAAUAGUUCUAAAAUGGUUUGUAUGGGGUUGGGUAAGAAUUCCAAGUGUAUUUCAAAUUUAUGGUCAAAAUAGCCAAACUAGAUACAUUAUUUAGAGACUUUCAGUUCAAGUACUUUGGCAUUAAAAUUGAAAUUCUCUUUGAAUUCACCUUUAAUUCUCUCUUUAGUAAAUAACUCUGUUAUUAUUGCAGUUGUUAUUUAGAUGAAUACUCACAACAUGGAAUGUAGAUACCUCUAGAAAAACAAGACCGUGUUGAGGGAGCUUAAAUUCCAGAACACAAACUACAUGAUCCUCUGCCAGCUGUGCUGUAUGUGAUGCCCUUGACAAGGUUCACUCAACAACAGGACAUCAACAUAUAAAAACAGGAUCCCAGUGAAUAAGUGAAUAAAGGGAACACACAGGAUGAAUUGGAAGAACAGAGCAACACUAGAAAAGAAAUUAAAUUCUUUGAAAUAUGAAUGCAAAGUAACCAUUCAUAAAAACAUCGACAUGAUCAAAAUGCACUCAUUUACAUAGCAUAAGCCUAGAAAUAACUAGAAACCACCGGUCCCCGGUGCAAAAAUUGCCCUGGGGCUCUCCUCCCAUGUGUUUCAUUCCCCAUCCUUGUCUCAUUCCCUCGACCCCAAAGGCCCUCCAUGUGUCUCAUUCCCUCUGCCUCACAGCCGCUGCAUGUGUCCCAUUCCCUCUCCCCUCUCAGCCCCUCCAUGUGUCUCAUACCUCAUCCCCUCAGCCCCUCCAUGUGUACCAUACUCUCCUCCCCAGCCCCUCCACAUGUCCCAUUCCUUCUACCCCUAGCCCCUCCAAAUGUCCCAAAUUCAGAUGCAUUGCAGGCUGCCCAAAAUUCCAGACAAAAUCUGGAUAUGUUUGAAACUGAAUGCACAAGUCUACUAUCUACAAAUAGGAUCCUUCAAAAUAUAAUUUUAUAGAAAAAUGGUUAAUAUUCAGCAAGAAAUCAAGCAAACAUCUUGCAAACUGGACCCUUGCCCACCACAUAUGUACACUGUGUAUAAGAGAGUAUAUCCCUUUAGCACUCAUAGGUGGUAUUUGACAGACAAUCCUUUCUCCUAAUUUCAUUUUGGCUGGCAUGAUAUGUUGCCUAACAUCUUUGAUUUGUGCUUUUCACUAUAUGACUACAUCUAACUACAGUUUGCAACAAAAAUUAGAAAGUAGUUUUUCUAAUCUUUUUAUUCACUUUAAAUUCCUUUAUAUAUCACGCUUAUUUCUAUCUCCUUCUACCCUUCUCUGGAAUGUAAAGCUAAAGGGGCAACAUUAAUGAGAGUUUUAAUGAGAGUUUCUCCCAUCAACUUAGGUCCUCCAAUUCACAGUGGUAAGUCACACUUCGCAAUAUGCUAAGUCCACAAUGCAUAGAGCGAUGUUCCGUGCAAUUUAGGAUUUAAAAAGUGAUCAUGCAUUUCAUAUGCCGAACAUUAUUCUGAAGUGACAAAGUUUUACAUGACCUUUAAUAAAAUGUAUUUUAAAACACAAAUACAUUUCAAAAGAGUACAUUUUUAUAGGACAUACAUGCUGUGAGAAGCUUUAUUUUUCCUGUAUUAAAUGUCAACUAUAAUUGAUAUAAUCAACAUGCUAUGGCGAUACUUGUGGUGCAUUUAUUCUGCAGGCUACUCUAAAUUAAAGCUGAUUUUGAAUUUCAUGUUGAUUACAUCAAUAAUUACAUUUAUAAUAUUUAUAUUGGUGACUUGUUUUCUAAUCAAGAAAUAUUUGUCAAAUGCAAAUUUUAUUUUUUUAUUUUGUUAGGCCUGCAUCAUAAGGAUUUAUUUUUAGUAGGAGGGAAGUGUACUAAGCACGCAAGAACAAGCAAGUAAUAGAUGAUAAUUAGGUCCUACAAUCAGUCCCCUUGUUCGUUUUGCAGGCUUACAGAUCACAAGUGGCUUGAAAGGUUCUUUUGACUUGGUAGGAAAAUAUGAUGCAGCUAUCAGAUACUAGACAAACAAAAAAAAAAAAACUAAAAAAAAGGAAUUAAAUGCCAGGCUAUUUGCUAGCUUUGGUUACAGUUAACAGUUUAGUCUACAAGUGUUUCAUUAAAAUAUACAUUCUGGUAAAUAAAAAAAUAUAGAAAGAUUAAAUGAAAAGUUAGGAAUCUUUUCCAACUAAACUGCAAAAUGUACAUGGUUUUGGGAGAGUAUAUGGCAAAAGCGUAAUUUAAGAUUGCAGACAACAAUUAUCUCUAUUUCCAGCUAUUUUUUGUAAGGUUAGAAAAGUGAAUUGGGUCUCCUACAUGCAACUAUUAACCAGAGGGGCACUGACCCGUGCUCUUACCCAUCACCCUGAUGUAAACACCUAGUCCUGUAAUAUGUGGACGAGGUAAGGGCUAUUUAAUUGGUCCUAAUAAUAUAUUCCAACUCCUUCCACAAAUAGAGCUAGGUAAUACUAUAGCCUACAUUGUAAAUAGUUUAACAUCUGCAGGCUUGGGGGACCACCCCCAUGUCAAUGGCUAGGGUCCCCCAAAACCUGCAACCAUCACUCCACCCUGAUUGCCAUUGACUUCAAUAUAAAGCAUCCUACUUUUAAGUUUUAUGGAAAGGGCUGAUACCACAUAUGAAAAAUAAAAAGCUUGUAAGAAAAUGUCAAAUUUACCAGUCAACUGUCCGUGCGCCCUUUGUUAGCCAUCCUGCAUGAUUAGCAGGCAGACUGACAGGCAUUCACGCCAGGCUGAUCUUCAAUUCUUCAGGCAGACCUGCCCCAUUUCUUGGCAUGUCUGCCCCUUUGGGCGGUUCAGCUUAUGUGAUUUGCGUCAUUGGCUCAUCCAUUUAACCCACCCACAGAUGCUCUGCUUCACUGGACACUGCUGUUAGGGGUAUGAAUUUCCUUGAGAAAUGAAAUGAAAUUAGCAUAGGGUAUGAGUUCUCCUGUCAAUGCAUCAUAUGAGUUUCUCUCCAGCACCACCUCCAUCCAGAUACAUGACGCUUGGGAGGUAUGACUGUUUUAGUGUUUUCUAACGAUAAGAUUCUGUAAUUAGGCCCAUUGUAAUUGUCAGAACCAGGCCCAGUGGGCUCUUAAUCUACUCCUGCUGGGUGCUAGAGUCACUCAAAUCACAUGACUUAGGAAGGACGGAACUAUGCUCGAGGCUGCCUAUUAUCAAUUCUGUGCAAAAUUUACGUCUGUCAUUGGCACACACAGAGCGCUGGAAAUAGAUGUAAUGAUCUAUUCCCUAUAUAGUAAUAGGGGACUAUAAGGUAAACAAAUGUGUUUUAAAAAGGUUAAAGUAAUUCUUUAAAGCUCUACAAAUACAAAUUUCAGUUAUUGCUAGGUAUGUAGGUUUUGUUUAGGUAAUUAUGGUUACAUGAAGGGUUAAUAAAUUGUGCGCAUUCCAAUCAGAACAUAUGAAUUCCACCACAAAUUAAUUUCUCAGUGUUGUGAUUUGCUUGCAGCAUGGUUUCUCUGUACUUCCUAAAGCCUACAAAUAUUUUUUUGUGAGAAGUCAUGCAUUUCUCAUUUUAAAUUAAGUUUGCUCCCGUGACAACUUUACAUUAUUUUCUCCCUAUAACCAAUUUCCAGUGAUAUGGUUUAUUCAAUUGGAAUUGGAGUGAAUUAAAAAACUGAACUAUAUACUUUGUUUGGGCAAAAUAAAAGUGCUACACUGUCAAAAUUCACCCCAGUUAUAGUCACAGCGUUGCUAGUAUAGCCUAAAUUCUGUUUACAAUUUACUAUAAUUUUUUUUGUUUAGUGACUAAGCACCAAUGCGCCAAUUCUACAACCUCUAAUGGAAAAUGCAAGUGGAAACCAAAGUGCUGGUGUAUUUCAAUAUAAUCUUACACAAUCUAAUGAGAUAUUCUAGGCAUAUUUAACUUGUUGUGUUAUCAGUAGUCAUACGAAUUCCGUGACAAGUAGUAUAGGUGUUUCCAGGGGCGGACUGAGCACUCGGGCAAAUCGGUCAUGGACCGAGGGCCCGAGGCUCUGGGGGGUUCUGGCCGUCUGCCUGCCAUGCAGUAAAGUAAUAGCUGGGCUGGGGAGUUUAACAAUCUCCCCAGCCAGCCUGCAGUCAGUCAGUCAGGGGCCCCGCACGGCACUCCGCGGGCCCUAGUUACCAAAUACAUUUCCCCCUUGUUCGGGCAGGCACAGUCAGAGACAGCUAAAGGGCCCUCCCAGAGACCCACUAGGCUGUCUCUCACUGUGGCUGACUGGUGAGCAGAGCAGGAGAGCUGUCUGUAGUGCUGAUCAGGCAGCUCUGUGCGGCUCCUGAUAGAGAAAAUGACAUCAUGUGUCAAAAGGCAUGCGGAGCUGCCUGAUCUGUGUUAGAGGCAGCACUUCAGUGAGAGAGAGCAUGCUCCACUGCUGCUGGGAGAAGGAUUUCCCCCUCUGGCCAAAGGUAAGGCUCCUCUUCCCCCAGCAGCUCCUCUUCCUUCUACCCCCUACUGCCCCUACAGCCACCACAGCCCCUACCCCUACAGCCCCUCUACCCUCUGCUGCCCCUUUGCUCCCUACUCCCUGCUGCCCCUCUACCCCCAGUAGACCCUCUGCUGUCCUUCUACUCCCUGCUGCCCCCCACUCCAUGCUUCCCCUCUACCUCCUGCUGCCCCCUACCCUUUGCAGCCCCUCUACCUUCUACCCACUACAGCCCUUACCACUACAGCCCCUCUACCUUCUACCCACUCCAACCCCUAUACCCACCACAGCCCCUACUCCUACAGCCCCUAUAUCCUCUACUGCCCAUUUGCCCCCUACUCCCUGCUGUCCCUCUACCCCCUGCUGCCCCUCUUCCCCCUGCUACUCAUAUACCCCCAGCAGCCCCUCUACCCUCUGCUGCCCCUUUUCCCUCUACUCCCUGCUGCCCCUCUACCCCCUGCAACCCCUCUACCUUCUACCCACUACAGCCCUUACCUCUACAGCCCCUCUACCAUCUACCCACUACAACCCCUAUACCCACCACAGCCCCUACCCCUACAGCCUCUAUACCCUCUACUGCUCAUAUGCCUCCUACUCCCUGCUGCCCCUCUAGCUCCUGCUGGCCCACCUACCCCCUGCUGCCCCUCUACCCCCCUACUCCCUGCUGCCACUCAACCCCCUGCUACUCCUCUACCCCAGCAGCCCUUACCCCUGCAGCCCUUCUACCUACUACAACCCUUAUACCCACCAUAGCCCCUACCCCUUACAGCCUCUCUACCCUCUGCUGCCCCAGCAGACCCCCUGCUGUCACACUAGCCCCAGCAGACCCCCGCUGUCCCCCUACCCCCUGCUGCCCCUCCAGCCCCAGCAAAAACCCUACUCCCUGCUACCCCUUUACCCCUUGCUGCCCCUUUGCCCCUACUCCCUGCUGGCCCCUCUGCCCCUUUGCCCCCUACACCCUGCUGGUGCCCCCUACCUCUGCCCUUGCCCCCACCUCUGCCCCUUUUCCCCCCUACACCCUGCAGGUGCCCCCUACUACCCUGCUGUCCCCCCUAUCCCCUGCUGCACCUCUACCCACUUACUCCCUGCUACCCCUCUACUCCCUGAUGCCCCUCUACUCCCUGAUGCCCCUCUACUCCCUGAUGUCCCUCUACCUACUACAACCCCUAUACCAACCACAGCCCCUACCUCUUACAGCCCCUCUACCCUCUGCUGCCCCAGCAGACCCCUGCUGCCCCCUACCCCUGCUGCCCCUCUAGCCCCAGCAAACCCCUACUCCCUGCUACCCCUCUAACCCCUGCUGUCCCUUUGCCCCAUACUGCCGGCUGCCCCUUUGCCCCCUACUCACUGCUGGCCCAACUACCUCCUGCUUGCCCCUUUGCCCCCUACUCCCUGCUGGAGCCCCCUACCUCCUGCUGGCCUCCCUACCCACUGCUGCCCCUCUACCCACUUACUCCCUGCUGCACCUCUACCUCUUGCUGCCCCCUGCUGCUCCUCAACCCCCAGCUGCCCCUCAACCACCUGCUACUCCUCUACCCCAUCAGCCCUUCUACCUACUACAACCCCUAUACCCACCACAGCCCCUCUACCCUCUGCUGCCCCAGAAGACCCCCUGCAGACCCUCUUGCCCCAGCAGACCCCCUGCUGCCCCCCUACCCCCUUCUGCCCCUCUAGCCCCAGCAAACCCCCUGCUGCCCCCCUACACCAUGCUGCCCCUCUAGUGCCCUGCUUCCCUUCUGCCCCCCUACUCCCUUCUGCCCCUCUACCCCCUGCUUCUCCUUUACCCCCAGCAGCCCCUUUGACUUCUACCCACUACAGCCCCUACACCCACCACAGUCCCUGUAUCCACUACAGCCCCUCUAACCCCUACAGCCCCUAUACCCACCUCAGCAUAAAUACCCUAUCCAGCCCCUAAACCCACUACAGUCCCUACAACCCCAGCAGCCGCUAUAAACACUACAGUUUUUAUUACCCCUGCAAACUCUACAGCCUAUGCAGACCCUAUACCCACUACAGCCCCUUUACCGCAUGAACAAACCGCAUGCCCAUAUAUUCCUCACAGCCCUUAUACCCCACUACACCUCCUAUAGUCCCUAUACCCACUACAGUCUCUAUAUACCAUGCACCCACUACAGCCCAUAUACCCCAUAAAAGCACUAGAACCCCUGCAGCCUCUACACCCACUACAGCUGAAAUACCAACUACAGGCCCUAUACCCGCUGCAACCACAACAGCCUCCUACAGCCCCUAAACACCUGCAUCCACUACAACCCUAUAUCCAUGAAAGCUCCUAUGCCCACUACUGCCCUUUUUCCCUGCACCCACUACUGACUCUAUUGCUGUCUGCACUUACUACAGCCCCUAUCCCCCUGAAACAACCACAGUCCCUAUGCCUCCCCUGCAACCACCAGUCCCUAUCACUCCCCUGCACCCACUGUAGCUUCUAUUACCCCCUGCCCCCCUAUAGUCCCUAUUUUCCCUUACCCCCACUAUAGCCCUAUUAUUCGCUGCCCCCACUAUAGCCUCUAUACCCAAUACAGCCUCUGCCCCCACUACAGCUUCUAUGCCCCAGCACCCACUUCAGCAUUUAUUCCCCUGCCCCCACGGCAGCCCCAUGUCCACUGCACCCACUACAGCACCCCCACCCCACAGUUUUUAUCUACUUAAAGGGAAACUAUAGUGCCAGGAAAAAAAGUUGUUUUUUUCCUAGCACUAUAGCUUCCUAAAGUGCCCCCCUCCUUUACAGGGUUAAGGGACCUGGGACACUGUACCUAGACCACUUCAAUGAGCGGAAGUGGUCUGGGUGCCUAUAGUGUCCCUUCAUAGAUACUCUGAAUCCUCAUAUCCUAACACGACAUACAAAGGCAUACAUAUAUUCACUUACAUCAAAUAUGAUUGGUUCAAGUAGUCUUGGAAAGACCAAUGAGAGGAAGGGAUUUAUAUAGGUAUGCACAUUUUGCCUCAAAUAACACCGAGGUUCUAAUAUAAGUAGUCUCUAAUCCAGUUUUGUCUAAAACAAUUACACAGAUAAAACAGGAAAAAGUUAUGUGAGCUCAAUUAUUAAGGGAGGCUAAUACAUUCGUUAUAACACUCUCAUUGAAAUACAGUCAUCAAUAAAUUAGAUAUUUUUGCAUUGUGUCUGUAAUUCAAAUUAUCAUGCAAUAAACAAAUCUAAUACUUUUAGAUGCAUAUUUUUUUCGAAUUGUAAUCAAAGUGAGGAUGCUUUUCACUGACUUCAGAAAUCAUAUCUGAAUUGAAUUCUAUUUCUGCAUCUCCAUUUUGAUGAAGAGAGAAAAUGUUUUUCUCUUUGCCAAUAUGAGAUACCUCGACAGAUACUAGCAUUUUAGUACCUGUGUUUAGUACUUGUAAAUGGUCAUUUUUAACCCCUUAAGGACACAUGACGUGUGGCAUGUCAUGAUUCCCUUUUAUUCCAGAAGUUUGGUCUAUCUAUCUAUCUAUCGUUCUAUCUAUCUAUCUAUCUAUCUAUCUAUCUGUCUGUCUGUAUGUCUAUCUAUAUGUCUGUCUGUCUAUCUAUCUAUCUGUCUGUCUGUCUGUCUAUCGUUCUAUCUACCAUUCUGUCUGUCUGUCUGUCUAUCUAUCUUUCUGUCUGUCUAUCGUUCUAUCUAUCGUUCUAUCUAUCUAUCAGUCUAUCUAUCUUUCUAUCUGUCUGUCGUUCUAUCUAUUGUUCUAUCUAUCUAUCUGUCUGUCUGUCUAUCGGUCUAUCUGUCAUUCUAUCUAUCUAUCUAUCUAUCUAUCUAUCUGUCUGUCUGUCUGUCUGUCUAUCUACAAUAUGAGCACAUAUAAAAUGAUUUACAUGUGAGGGCAUAUGUAUGGACAAUUAUUAGUAUUACAUAUUUAGAAAUUUAUUUUAUUUACAACACUGUUUUCUUAUCUGUAACUUCAUUAUUUGGUAAAUGUUUUUUUUUUUUAAAUUGUUUCCUGUCCAACCAGGAGUUGUUAUUUUUUUUUUUAUUAUUAUAACAUAAAAUAACAUCCCCUCUGUGCAUACUGAAAUGAAAAAGACAUUUCUAGGACUUUCCAGGGCACCGAAAAUACUUGGAUACCGGUGGUAGUUUUUCAAAUCGUUUGGUAGUGAAGGGGUUAAAACACAUAAAAUCAGUGUUUCUUUUAUGAAUGAAUGUUGUGCCACAGAGGUUUGCAAACAGAAUAAAACAUCUCUAAAUAAAAGGAAAGGAGUCAAGGAUGCACAAGAAAAAGAUACAAUUUGCACCUUUUGGUUUAUAUCAGCAAAACCAACCCUGGGAAUCUGAGUCUUUUUGUUUUUUUUUUUUGCUUUCUGGUAGCUAUAGUACUUACAAAAUUUGCUUUAACUUAAUAAUAAAACUACAUCAAGCAAAAUAGUUAUAAAAAUGAAAAAAAAAAAAAAAGUCAGAGAGACAGACGUGUACAUUAAAGUACCUAUACAUACAAUAAAUCCUAGCAGCUGACUUUUGAGAUUUUUCUUUCUCCUGUGCCAAAUAGCUUAGCUAUGUAAUCAUUUCUAUAGAUAAAACAGCUCAAUUUUAUUAACUUGUUAGCCAUCUUUGUAGAAGAAUAAAUAGAUAAACGCAGUAGCCCUUCAAAUGAGAACUGUGUCUUGUUAUAAUAGAGAAUAAUAUUUUUAGAAAACAAUGAAGGGGGUAUGGCUGACUGUGAGCCAAUCAGCAACAAAGGCAUUCCACUGCUAAAGUGUUAAGAACUUUUCAUUACAUUGCAGCCAGAACAAGUAAAAGAGCCCAGCAAUCAAAGUUUCAGGAAAAGCUACCUUUUUGAAACAGCUUUUUUCAGCAUUAACAGGUGUUGUAUGGGUUUCUCUUUAUAGUACGAGCUGUGAUGAAUCAUUUGUAGCAAUGAAUUUGUUUAUUACCCGGGUCUAUAUUUCUAUCUACUAUAGCGUUGCUCAUAGUGUUAGGUUUUAAUUUAGAAUUAUUUAAUAGUUAGAAUAAAUGAUUUCAUAUCUAAUGGAGGAAAGUGAAUAUUUAUGUCACUGCUGUUUGCUUUUUAUUAUUUACUUAGUGUUCCAAAUCAACAAUCCCUAUGGAUUUUUAUUUAACAAUAUCUGAAAUAAUAUACGAUAUAUAUAUAUUUACACAAUUAAUAUUUUUUUAUGAUAAAAUGCUGCUUUAUCAAAUCAACAGUUCCUAUGGAUUUUUAUUUAAAAAUAUCUGCUGACAUAAUAUACAAUAUAUAUAUUUACACAAUUAAUAUUUUUUUGUGAUAAAAUGCUGCUUUAGUGUGCUUGGGUAGUCAACAUAAAAACAUCACUAGUAUUGUACUUACAGACUUAUAAAAAGUGGACGAUAUAUUACCGCGUGGCAUAGACAUUAGUUUUUGUUUCAUAUACUUAUAAAACGUUGAGAUAUAUUUUUAGCACAUCUGCCAUUCAGAAAAAUUAUUGAAAGGCAUGCAAAGAUGAGUUCAGUUUUAUAAGUGCAAAGAGACCAGACCAGCUAUACGAGUUAAUGGUUCAGUAGAGGUUAUGUUUAAAAUUCUAUUCUGAGAAAUCUUUCUGAAAUGAAGCAGAAAUAUUUUUUUUAAUAAUGUUGGUUAUUUUAUGGUCAUAUACAACAAUAGAAUGUUAGUUAGAUUCACCAGGGUUGUUUUCAAAGCUAUUUAGAGUUUCUUUACAGAAAUAGAAGUUGGUCAUUUUGAAUGGAUAAAUAUUUGCAUCAGCCCAAGUGACUAAAUUAUCUAUUAUGAAUUCUUGAUUUUGACAUAUUUGACUAAAGAGCCUGUCUUAAUUUGACUGCAGUUAAGGUGUUAAUAGUGAUGUGGUGCAGCUAACCCUUUUAAAUAUUUCAUAUAGAUAAGAAAGUUAAACUUUCAGAUUGAGAAAGCAAAGGCAGAAUGAAUGGUCCUUUCUAGACCUGGUUUCUUUUUCCAAGGAGACGCCUGUUUUUUGCCAAACUACUUAAAAAUAGUUUGACAAACAAAACAAACAGACUGUAUCCAAAUUUGGCAUUACCAUAAGGCAGCGUAGGUGGCUGCCUUAGGACACCCCAGCUGGGGGUAUAAAAUCCCCAGAUGUCUCAUUUACAAUCUUGUUGCUAUUUUUUUGCCAGCCACUACUCUCUAAAAUGCCUGUCACUUCUACUGAAAGCCACUGGCUAAGUAGUGGCUAGCAUCUCUCAUUAUUCUCAAUAUUUUUUGCAACUGUGGAGAGCGGAGGGGUGUGAAGAGUAGGAGAUGGACAAAAUGCAUUUUUACCUGUGUAACCAAGGAUCAUUGAAUCAGCCCUGACUGUCUGCAUAGACUUGCAUCCUAGUCACUACAGUAAGUUGUAGUGGUUAUACUGUCUGCGGUGUCACUUUAACCCCUUAAGGACACAUGAUGUGUGACAUGUCAUGAUUCCCUUUUAUUCCAGAAGUUUGGUCCUUAAGGGGUUAAACACGUAUUUUGGGUGGAUGCUAAAGUUUUUUUAUUUAUUAUUUGUAUAGAGUACAGAUGCCAAAAAGGAAUGUUUAACAAUUCAACAUAAGAAACAAAUUUACUAAAAUGUAAUCUCCUAAAAAGUUCUAGAAAAAAAAACGACAUAUAAGAACGUCAAUUUGGUGGAACUACCCUAAACAAACUCCAAUGAAAAUUCCACUGUCACUAUCUCUCUAGUUAAUCUGCAUAAACAGCAUGAAUAAUCGUAACUAACCAAGGCAACGUGAUGCUUUGUGGAUCGAUUGCUUUGUUUGAUAUACAAUCGAGUGUACUCUCAUUUUAUUUUCCAUAGCAGCCUAACUUGGUCAUAUUUUGCCUUAAACAUUCUGCUUUAUGACAGUUUUUAGUUUUUAAAUUUUUGUUUAACAUCUUUAAAUACUUCUUGUUUUGAGCCUGUAUGAUAAACUCCCUACAGUGAGUAGCAUUCCGGUGCUGUGUGAGAGAGAUGAACGCUUCUCAGGGCUGUAAUGAUAGUGAAGUAUUUAUAUAACCCAGUUAUUAAGAAGUUAAAUAAAGGCACAUUCCAGGCAACCCAUGCAAGUUAGGUGCAAUGCAUAUGUUAUGUUAUUUUGUUGUGCCAGGUAUUUUUUUUUAAUUCUUCUCAAUAAUAAUUAAGUUUGCUCAAUUAUCCUAUCCUUUCUGACCCUCUCUUUCAUCGUUCAAAGAUAAUUAUUUUUUUUAUUAAAUUCAAAGUUAAUUUCACAUUUAAGGUUAAACUGGAAAUAUAUAUCCAAGCCAACUAAGCUUCCAGUUCAGCUAAUUUUGACUUACAUGUGUAAUUCACUUUGAAUUCACUAAGAAUACCCAACAAUUCUUUCUAUAGAAAAUAAUCCAAUAUGUGAUACAAAUAAAAUAGGAUAAAUCCAGUAUGGAGUGACCAUUUAAUUGUGGCAGGGACAACAAAUGAAAACGUGUAGUUAUUUUUAUAGUGCCUAUAUCAUGUGAAAACUCCAUACUACAAUGACGACUAUACUGUACUAUAAUAUGGGAGUCCUAAAAGCCUUUUAAAACUCCCUAUGCCAUCCCACAGACUGAACUCGCAUAGCAAAGAAAGCCCUGAUUAAGUUGCUCCAUGCUAUGUCAGCUAUCACAUUGCGUAGGGAACUUUCCCACACUAUGUAUUAUCAAUGAGUACUCUAAUUAGCUGGCUUGUAAGCCAACCAAUCAGAGCACUUUGACACUAAAGCUUCAUGAUACGUGGUGUCCAGUGUGUGGGCAUUAGGCCCUGCCCGGGCAAAUAGUUUGGAUUAUUUUCAGCCAUUCAGUGGCAUUCAGCCAGUUAAAACCCAGACAAAAUUCAGGCCUGUUUGAGGACCGAAUUGCAAAAUCCAGUCAUUGUUAAAUAGUGUGAACAAUAUCUUGCAGUCCAAAUAGCUGUACAUUGGAAUUGCCUGUUAUUCCUUUUUAAAGAGUAAACUUAAAGGAACACUAUAGUUACCAGAACAACUACAGCUUAAUGUAGUAGUUCUGGUGUCUAUAGCUUGUCCCUGCAGGCUGUUCAGUGUAAACAAUGUCUUUUUUCUAGUAGCACCUCUUGUGGCAGUCACUCAGAUGGUCACUAGAAAUGCUUCCUAGUUCAAUGCAGUACAGUAUGCAGCACUGGUGUUCAGAGACUCCACGCCCUGCAUGGAGGUGCUGAAUGUCCCCAUUGAGAUUCAUUGAUUCAAUGCAGCUCUAUGCAGAGAUACUGAUUGGGGCAGAGCGGCAUUUUGCAGUGCUUGCACAAUAGCCUCUCAAUCCUAAGGGAAAGCAUUGGAUUGGCUAAGAUCAUCAUGACUGAUACUCUUAGUCAUGGAGGCAAAGGCCUGCCACAGCAAGACCGGCAAAGCUUGGGAGUAAGGUGAUUAAAUUUACUUUUUUAGGGCAAUCAGAGCAGCGCCGGUCACUUAAACAGCUGCACCAGCCCAUAGCAGCACUAUAGUGUCUGGAAUACAUGUCUUUAUUCCUGACACCGUAGGGCUCCUUUAAUGUAAAAUGUAUUGGGCAUUUUUCAGCCUUCAUUGUUGACUUGUGCUGAACGAUUUUUCCGAGGAUUUACUUUGCUAACUGAAUAGCAAAUCCUGCAUUAAUGUCUAUUUAAAAUUGCUGUUCAACUAACGGAAUCCAGGCAAUUGUAUUUACAGCAACACAUUCAAUGCCCCUAUGCUAGAGUACUUUGAACAGCUUGUGUAGUAGAAGCAGGGGUUAAAUAAUACACAAUGUACACAUUGAGGCUGGGAAGAUAGGGCUAGCCUCCGAGAAAUGGUCUGAUUGUGGAAUGAGCUGACAGGCGGCUGAUCAGAUUGGGAGAGUAAUGUUUGACGGUGCAUACGUUGAACUAUGUACCCACCCUCUUUUGAAACAUAAGUCUUUAGUGAGUAGCUACAAUAGAAAGAAAGAAAUAAUAUAUUAUCAUAGAUUAACUACUAGUAAGGUGAUCCCUUUAAACAAAACACUGUUUUCUUUUAAGGAGGACAAUUUCAAUUCAUUUUAAAAAUGUCAAUCUCAUGCUGACUAAAAAGACAAGCUUGAUUACAGAUAUCUGCUGUAUACAUUUACGUUGUAUGUACAAGCAGAGAUAUUUCUAUACCUGAACGUUAAAGCCUCAGAAAGUGUAUGGUUUUCCUUCAAGAUGGGAAUUGUGGAGUACUGAAAGAGGAAUUCAUAAUUGUUUACCAAAAUAUUUGAAAUGAGAAACUCUAAAAGCCUAAAAUUUGGAGUGUCCAUAUUAAUUUAUUAUAAAGCUAUCAUUUAGUAAAUUAACUAGUGUUUUGUGCACAAGCUAGUGGAUAAUAUAUCUGAUGCAGUCUUAUGGAUUUGUCCUAAAAUUAUCCUAAAAAUAUUGUGCUAUCAAAAAAUACAUUUAAGACAAAAUCACUCUUACUUCUCUGCCAUUUUUAUAAAGUAAUAAGCUAUACAGAAAAUAAUCUAACCUUUUAAAUACAUCUUUUCAUGUUUUUGAAGAAAUUGAAAAAAAAAAUAUUUGAAACCAUGGCCUAUUUUGCCACAAAUAGGGAAAUGUUGACUCCAAUAAUAGUAAUCAGAUUUCUACUUUGAUUAACAACCUUGCAUGCACACUAGUUAUAGCCUUGAAUAUUUAGUUUUUUCAUACUAUCAUCCAGAUCUUUUUUCAAAAAAUUAUUACAGAAUCUGAUAAGACAAUCUCUUUGCAUUGAUAAUUCCACGUUCUUACUGUAAAUAACCCUUUCCUCUGCUGUAAGGAAAAAAGCCCUUCUUCCAGUCUCAUUUGGUGACUUCUUGUCUGUUGUAUAUUGCUGUUAAUAAACAGGUUAGUACAUGUGAGUUGUACUCACCCUGUAUAUAUUUGCAUAGUGUUAUCCCAUCCCCUCUGAAAUGCUGUUUUUCUAAAGAAAGCAAUUGCAUAUCUAAUAUAUAAUGUUUUCAUCCCCCUUAUAAAGUUUGUAGCUAAGCUAUGCAUUUUUUCUAGUUUUUGUGAUUAUUUAAAACUGGUGCCCAAAUAUGCAUUGCAUAUUCAAGAUGGGGUCUUACCAUUGAUUUAUAAAGAGGCAAAGUUAUAUUUUGAUCAUGUGAAUCAAAACCUCUUUUUAUAAAUGACAGCCCCAAUUCCUCUCUUUAUACUAGACAUGACAUCACUAGCCUUUGCAAUGACAGACCUGCACUGCAUCCGGCUGCGUAGUUUGUUAUCUAUAAUUUAUUCCCAAAUCCUUUUUAUUUAAUGGUAUGCCUAAAUGAACUGAAUUAAAUGUAUAAGUGGCUUGUGGGUUCCUCAGUCCAAAUUCCUUGACUUUCCAUUUAUUUGUAUUGAAUCUCGAAUUUUAUUCCCCUACAUCCCUCUUAAGUUUCCAUACUGAAGCAAGAGCAUGUAAAGAGUUGUAAAAAAAAAACAAAAAAAAACCCAUCUAUAAACCUUAAGCCCCCAUGAGUUGUUAGCAUGCUGCUACAUAUUAUAAACUAUAUGCCCAUUUGAGCGACUAGCACGUUAUACCAUUGUCAUCAGCGUGAACCCAUAUGGGCUGCUAGAACGCCACACCAUAAUGUACAUUUUACGUCCACAAGAGCGGCUAGCAUGAAACAGAGUUUAGAAAGUUAUUUGUACACUCUUCUUCCGUCUAACACCUAUACCUGAAUCGCUAGGAUGCCUGUCCAUGAAUGACUUAUGCAUCUUGUACAUCAAUGUUCUGUUUAACUCUUAUUCUUCUGCAUUGGAUGCAUGUAUGCUAUUGCAAAAAAACAGUGGAAAUUCUCCACAACAAAAAUAAAGAAUUAAGAAAAAAAUAAAUUAAAAAAAUAUAUAUUUUUUUUAACAAUGGGCCUAUUCCAUGGGCAUGGGCCUGGAGCUGCAGCUCCAUCAGCCCCUAUGUUAAUCGAGCCCUGAACACAGGCAUAUGUUAAAACAUCCUCUAUCCAAUGACAUUGGUUGCUCUAUCACUGGACUCAUAUUAUGAAUCCAUUUAACCCUUGCUAGCCACUUUGUUAAUAAUAAACAUUGGAUACUAUUGUAACACAAUGUUCAUGUGUAAGCUGUUGUGUAACAUAAGCUGUAAUUAUCAUCAUGGAGAUCAAAUUCGGCGGUUACGUUCAUUGUCAAAUACCCUAUUGAUGACAAAAAGAACAUUGCAAGAAUGCCGAUACUGCAGAACUGUCAUCUAGCUCUUAGGAUAAAAACAAUAAGAACUUAAAUAACUUCCAUCUAAUUACUGAGUGUAGCUCUACACUCCGAAAGACAAACACAAGGGAGGCUAGACAAGUAAACAAAAUUAGUGCAUCUCCUGAGUCUGCGUCAGUAAAUAAGCACUGCAAAGGCACAAAUGAAGCACAAAAUCAUGAACAUUAUUAUUUUAAAAAUAAAUAAAAACACAUGGCCACAUGUAUUGCAGAAUAUGAAACCUUAAAGAAAUCAUCCUACUAACCCUGAAACUAAAUAUGCAACAUGAUUCAAGGAAAUUUGCUUAAUAUUAACAGGACCAUAGAUAUAAAAUAACUCUAAUCUACUUAUACAUUACAGGCUCUCAGCAAAAUAGAUUUUUUUAUUUCCAAAAUAUAAGGUAAAUAUAAAGUGUACUAUUUCUUCCAGCAGUCCUAAAUGUGUCAAUUUAUAAACAGUGGAGUUCAAGUGAUUUUCAUUCAAGAUCCUUCUAGAGCUGUCGUGACCUACAGAGGAUUCUAAUAGGAAUGCAUUAUCCUUAAAUAGAUGAGAAUUAGUCAUCUCAAUGGCUUAUGAUAUAGUCAAAGAAACUCACGCAAGCCAUUAAUAUAACAUGUAUGCAAUGUAUGGCUUUUGGUCUAAAUAAUUAAAAAAUGUUUUGCAUAAUUUUGCAUCUUAAAGCGAUACUCUGGGCACCAUAACAACUUCAUCUAAAUGAAGUUGUUAUCAUGCUUGAAAUCCCCUGAUAGUGUACUACCAUUAGGAGUUACACUUAAGAGGUAUCCUUAGGUGCUGGUCUCUCUCUCUUUUCUUCUGCUCCAGGCUUAUGUGUAAAACAUAAUGGGGGGAGGGAGUGGUGGUGCUGUGAUUAUCUGAGAGCAUUGGCACAUGGGUACAAAUCUUAAGUGUGGUGCCAAGAGUUCCAGGCAACAUAACAACUUGAUUGCUAUAAAGUUGUUAUGGUGCCUUGAGAAUUCCUUUAAGCUGCUUUUCUCUGUUCAAUCUUCUUUAUUCCUCAAGGGACACUGCAAACUCCCAUCACCUUUAACCCUAGAGUGGUUAUAAUUGUAGUUUUUUUAUAAACUGCAAUCGUUACCUGCUAGGGCUAACUCCACAGGUAGUAGCUGUCUACCAGAAAGCCACUAGAGGGACUUCCGGCUUCUUAGAUGACAUUUGGUCAUCUAAACAACCCUGGACAGGCUCACGCUGUACAUGAGGACUUCCAGAGUCUCCGGAAUCCCCAUAGGAAAGAACUGUGCCAGCGCAGAGGGACAUCGGUGCUGGACCCAGGUAGGUGACUGAAGGGGUUAUUAAUCCCUUCAACUCUGCGGGUGGGGUCUUGUUUCCCUGGCACAAUAGUUUCCCUUUAAAAAUGUAUUUCUUGCUGGUGAGUUUACCUGUAUAUGGCAUCGAGGCGGCAGGGUGGUUUUGGGCAGCACUAACCGCCUGGGAGAUCCUGUAUAUGAGCUUUCACUACAUAGAAUAACAUAUGAAAUCAAGCCAGGAGCAUAUCCUGAGGAAGCGCAAAGGCAAGUGCUCCCCACAACAUGCCAGAUAUAGCUGCUCCUGAUCCCUGUCUAAUAGUUAUGAACAUGACAUGCAUUCAUAGCAGGUACAUCAGGGCAGUUCAACCAUAGUGAACACUACACUUGGCAUAUGAAGACAGAUGAUGGCUAUGUGUAGAGAGCUCAGGCAGUGAAAACCUUAAAAACAGAGAGCAUUCAGGGAGCUGUCGACAUCCAUCUUACCCGGUUCCCCGAGCCAUGAAAGGUUUAAACAACCCUUUAGGCACUUACUUAACCUCAGCACUGAGUCAGGCUCCUCCAACGUCAGCUGAUGGGAGGAACCUAAUGUGCAAGCAUGGGAAACACUAGGAAGCGCCCCUAGUGGCUGUCUGGUAGAGCUUAAGGGGACAGGGACACUGCACCCUGACCACUUCAAUGAGAAGAAGUGGUGUGGGUGCCUAUGGUGUUCCUUAAGUACAAAAGGUUAAGACGUAAAUAAUUUGGGUCUGAAAACAGGAACUAAAGCUUUUAGGAUAUAUGAAGUGAGAAAACUAGUUAGAUGACACUUUACCCUACAAGUUUCAACUUGUACAACCACUUUCUAAACUUAAAAAUUGCCAUUUAAUCUCUUAAUAGAACAAUCUGUUUCACUAAUCUUUUCAAGGAAGAAAAUAAAUAUAUAUAUAUAUUCUCUUAUUAUGUGUCUUUAUUAAACAUACAAAAUUAAAGGGGCCUCUGUAGAUAUUGUACUUUCAUCCAGUGUUAAAUAAUUUUUAGUUGUUUAACACUAAACAAUCAUUCUCAGCAGACCUUAUUCUCUGUACUGCUUAGGCUAACAAGGAAGCAUUACCCCGAACAGAAACGAGCAGUGGUUACUGGCUGAUAGUGUCAGCUGACUGAUUUCAGUCUAUGACAGCUGUCCAUUGCUGGUAUAUCAUGGUAUCAAAGAGUAUAAUUUCUGACUUAGCCACAGCUCCAGUGGUUGCUGGGCUAUGUGCUGCCACAAAACCUCAUUUAUUGUUAAACUUGAAUAAUGUUAUUUUUUUAAAACGGGCAUGUUAAUAGCUAUAAUUAGGAUAUAACAAGGACUAUACGGAGGAAAUAUUUGGUUUGGCGAAUUGGUUCGCCUGAAAUAUAUAUUUUAUUUCUAAUUUGAUUUUUCAAACUUGAUCUGUGAACCAAAGAGCAGUGUGCACGUAUACUUUUUUUUUUUUUUUUAAUUCUCACAAGAUAAGAUUCAGAACAAAGGUGUAAAGAAGUCAUGAGAAGGCUAAGUGGUUGGUAGACUUUUUUAGUUUAGUUGAAACCAGUAUAAUGCUGUUAUUUAAAUGACCUAAAACUGCAUAUACAGAGCUUGUUUUGUGCCUGCAGGUUAUGUGAUUGAUUUUGUCUGAUCUUCUGUGUGUAUAGCAUCCCAAAGAAAAAAAAAAUGUCUUAAUUUCUUUUCUUUUUUUACUUCAUAUAGUUAUAGUCUAUUUGUUGUAAAAAUGUUUUUACUAUAAAAGUUGUUUUUCAAUUUAUAAGUUACAAAGCUUUUUGAACAGAAUUCUUUUUUAACAGUUUAUAUGAACCCUUUUCCACUUUUUCUCCAUAUUUAUUUUUAUCAAUGAUUUAAUACUUUAACCCCUUAAGGACCAAACUUCUGGAAUAAAAGGGAGUCAUGACAUGUCACACAUGUCAUGUGUCCUUAAGGGGUUAAAGGGACACUAUAGUCACCAGAACAACUACAGCUUAAUGUAGUUGUUCUGGUGAAAAUAGUCAGUCCCUGCAGGCUUUUUGUAUUAAACACUGUAUUUUCAGAGACAAGGCAGUGUUUACAUUACAGCCUAGGGACACCUCCACUGGCCACUCCUCAUAUGGCUACUAACGGUGCUUCCUGGGGCAGUGCUGCACAAUACUUUCCUAAGGGGAGGUCUAAUGCAUUAGCACUCACUCGUCGUGGGACGUCGGAGGGGGCAGAGCAUCGAUGGGAUAAGGCAAGUAUAUAAAAGGGUUUUUGUUUACCUGGGGGGGCGGAGGGGGUACAAUGGACAUGAGAAGCAGAGGUAGCUAUAGUGUACACUUGUAGUAUCCCUUUAAAUAUUUAUUUUGAAACCACUUUAAAUUCAGUUUUAAAAUUGUGUUUUGCGUAGCCAGCAUGUAAACAUAUAAUAAACAGCAAAUAUAUGUAUAGAUUGCUUUAAAAAAAAAAAAAAAGUUAAAAGAAAUAAAAAAUGUUGGGCUAUGAAAAGCUUUAAACUGUAUGCAGUAACCCUUUUAUUGUAAUGUUUGUUAAUGUAGCAGCAGUCUAGUACUGCCAACAGGCAAAUGGUGGCACUCAAGUCACAAAACAAACGAAACAGCUCAUCCAUUCUUCAUUUCAACUGUUUCAUGACUCGUCAAAGCCAAUUCGGAAUUUGUCCUUUAAGCCGAAUGGCCAAUUACCCCAAAUUCGGGCAAAUGGUGAUUUGUCCCAUAAUGAAUGUUCUAGUAAAGUCUAGUGGACAUUCAGUUUUUCAAAAAUAGUAACCAUAUCACAGCCCCUGAUGGAGGUUCAUGUCCAAUCAUAUCUGCUGGAAAAGUUUCCUCUGAGUGCAUGUCACCCUGAGAAUUUGUCGGUUCAUCUUGAGAUGCUAAGAUUUAAGUGAAAACUCAAGGUUAAACCUUUGGUAUUGCCAGGUAUGAAAAUAAGCAGUGACUUUAAAUCAUAUCAGAGUGUUGAUCUUUUUGCUCUAUGGUUCUAUUUCUCUUGACGUGUGUGAAUUGUGACUGCAAAUAUGCUACUUUGUUUAUGGAAUUUAUCUUCUUGAAGUCAAUAUGAUUGUUUUGACAGCAAUUUGCUUGUCAAGUGAUUUUAAUUCACUAUGACUGUUUUACGAGUCACUGCUAUUUAUUCACUGAACAUCUCAAACUGUAAUACAUUACAACCAAACUGCAAACUUCAGGCCUAAAUCACUGAUCUAGGAAAAUUCCCCAGCUUGUCUAGAGUCCCAGCUGGGAUAUAUUGGCCUUAAUUUUGCAAUUCAGCUCUCUACUGUGGCAGAGCUCCCUGUAUCCCGGCUGGGUUCCUCCGACAAGGGUCCGCUUUCUAGCUGGAUCUGAGAAGGGGACUAGCUCUGUUUUCUCCCAGGGGCUGGAUGGCAGUGGCACACAGUCCUGGGAGCUACUCAGUCCUCACAAGGACUUUCCCCGCUGCAUCCUCCACACGCUGGAACAGCUAACCUAGGGAUUGACCCUUCCCCCUGAGUAACUUGACGACACACAGCUCUGGAGGUACAACACUGACAAUCCUUUUGGGGGUCUCCAUCCUGUUCAAUACAAUCCCAGGCUGGACAGCGAUGGUUUACAGAUAACCAUCUCCCGCUCUGAGAGAUACAUACUGCACAAUAAUUACAACCGUAAAACACAUUACAUAUAUGGAGAGCAAAAAAGCAAGUCUCAAGAAAGUGCUGAGGAUGGACAACAGCUCAAUUAGCUUGCCCAUCGGCGGAUCCCCGCUCAAUUCUCAAGCUGGUUUUAGCUCAUCUUGUGCCAUUACCAAGAGAAGCAGACCAUGCAUCUCAGACUGAUUCCACCCAAAAGGGCAGAACAGAUUCAAAAUACAGGCCGGCUCUCUCUGCACGAGAGAUCCAGCAGCCCCAGACAAUCGUUUCAGCCUUGUUAGGCAUCAUCAGUAAGGCAUAGCUGAUAUCUCUCUAGGCACCAAGAGCAAGGGUUCCAUGUUUGGAUUAGCCUUUAAGCUUAAGAAGAGCAAAAAAAACAAGUCGUAAGAGAGUGCUGAGGACAGACAACCGCUCAAUUAAAACGGGUCGCAAGAGUUUUCUGAGAACGGACAGCAACUGAAAUAGCCUGCCCUUCGGUGGAUGCCCGCUCAGUUCUCAAGCUGGUUUUAGCUGGGGUUGCUGUGUCUCUCGUGCAGAGGGAACUUGCUGGCAUUUCAGAAAUGGACUGCCCGUAUGGGUGGGACCAGUCUGAUAUGCUUCAGAUAUGUUCUCUCUGUAAUGGCACAAGAUGAGCUAAAACCAGCUUGAGUUCUCAGCGGGGACCCACCGAAGGGCAGGCUAUUUCAGUUGCUGUCCGUUCUCAGAAAACUCUUGCGACCCGUUUUUUGCUCUCCAUAAGUUUAAAGGGUAAUCCAGAUGUGGACCCCCUUGCUCACGGUGCUUAGAGAGAUAAGAACGGUUUCUGUUCGUAUGAGCGCUGCAGAAUGGGGAAACAGGCACAAUACAUGGAAUACAAGUAGGAACACAUAAUGCAAGGUAAAAAACACAUGAAUAAGCAGUGGGCAUGAUACUUAAUGACAGCAGUUUGUCACACAUAUACUACAUUUCUAUUUUCAGAGAUAAAAAUCCCAUUGUGUUUUGCAUGUGUUCAUUCUCCUGAACAUAUUAGCAAAAUUACAAACAAUUUGCCUUAAAACAUGGCCUACAUUGAUCAUCUUAAUAUUAGUUCUAGAAUAAAUCAAGUAUAUAUUUUAUUUUCAUGUAUCUUACAAAGUAAAAUCUAGUCCUUACAGCCUUGCUGACACUUUUUAGACUCAAGUUUUGAUGGCCAUCCAGUAGAAGAACAAAUGUCUCUGUAAGAAGCCACUAGUCACUGAUAUAAGGCCUGCAAAUGUGCUGAAAAUGUAAGAUUACAAACAGUAAAGAACGUUUCAAUGGGUCAUUUCAUUCCUACAGUCAGGGAGAGGGGAGAAGUGAAUGGACUCUACCAUUUCACUGUCAAUAUUAUAUUAGCAUUUCAGAAAUUGAUAAAGAAUCAUAUAAAAGUUUUAAAUAUCUUUAUUUUAGAAAUAUAUGAUUAACCUAUAUUUGCUGUAUGAUAGGGUUAUGUUUAAAUGCAGACAUUAUUUUAAUUUUUUUUUCCCUUUUUAAUAAGAUGCUCUGCUAUUAAUGCCUUCAAGGUCCUUAAAAAUACCUAUAAGCAAGAUAUUUGACCAUUUUUAUGUAUUUUUUUUUUGUUACUUCUAUGCAUUUUUGCUUUUAUACUAACAUUUCAGACGCUGUGUAAAAUAUUGAAAGAUGAAGGACACUGUAUACUAUCUACAGCUUUUCACAAACAUUUUUAUAAAGGCUUAACAAAUAAGUUAAAAAUAAAAUUUGUAUAAAUUUACAAAAUUUUAAUUUUUACAUGUAUCUGCAAAUAAUACAUACACAAAAACUGCUGAGUUAUAAUAUGUAUAUAUUCUAACUAUGCACCCAUUCUUCAAAUACAUAUUAUGCUAAUAUAUUUUCAAUUAAACAUGCUCAGGAGUGGAGGAAUUAAAUGAAUCUAGACCCCUUUUUUAAAAACCAAGUAUUAAAUGUAACAACACUACCUCUCAACACAGUGAAUUCUGUAACUUUGUUUUUCUUACAAUAAAGAACCUUUUUACUGCUGUAGGUAAAUCUAUUUUCCAUUAACAACUCUCUAUGGUCUUUUUUUUUUAAAUCCAUUUUAAAUCCAAGUGCAAGCUUGUUUUCCAAGUCUCUUUAUGUUUGUACUGUUAUGUGUUCCAUGGAACUACAUCAAACAGCAAAAUGUUAAAAGCUCACAUCCACUGAUAUGCUCUGUUAUAUAUUUUACUUAUUCAUACAAGGCAGGUAAGUUCAUUUUAUAUAGUAGGUCUGUAUUCAAUUAAUUUGGACUGUUUAAAAAAAAAUUAAAAAAAAUUCCUUAACCCUGAGUCCGUGGCGGACCCAAGGAGGGGGGGGGGGCAAUGUGGCAAUGUGGCAAUUGCCCUCAUCCCCACCUCUUCCCCCCCCUCGAGAAUACAGCACAGUAAUGAGAGCAGGGCAUAUCGAUGGGGGAGCUGCAACUGGAGGCGUGAACGUGGAGUUACUAGUUACAGUUCUGAGCCAGGUGAGUUUCAAUUUGCAAGCUGCCAUGCCUGCCGGCAAUAGUGUCACUAGUCUAAUAGUUUGCUAACAUGGCCCCAGCCAAGCUAGCUGGUGUUAGAGGCAGAGGCUAGAGCUUCAAUUUGCAUGUGGCCACUACGCUGGUCAUAGUAUCACUAAAAGUUCACUAACAUGGCCUGAGCCCAUCUAGCUGGUGUUACUCAAUUAGUGACUACUACUUUAGCAUAAUUCAACUUGCCCUGGCAGCCUGAGCCUACGAUCAGUGAGUGACAGUCUCUGUCUGCAUGCUGCUGUCCCUAAUUGAAAUGGACUGUUUCUGCAGGAAGAGAGUGAUAGAAACUGUCACUAGGUUAGACUGCUCUGCACUCAGGGAAUACUUGAUGUGUCCCAAAACACAUAUACUGCCCCCCCCCCAUGCAUGCACUGCAUCCCUCACACACACUGGCCCCUAUAAACACACUGCACCCCUCACACACAAACUCUGCCCUACAUACACACACAUGGCCCCCAUACACACACUGCAUCCCUCACACACACAUACUGCACCCCCGACGCACACACACACUGCCCUCCAUACACACACUGCCCCCCUCUCACACACACACAUACUGCCUCCCCACACAGACACUGCACCCAUCACACACAGGCAUUGCACAUCACACACACACUGCAUUCCUCACACACACAUUGCACCACUCACAUACAUUGCACCCCAUACACACAAACACACAGACAUUGCACAACUCGCACAGACACAUUAGUGCCCCUAUUUCCUGCUACAGGCCCUAUCCCAGCAGACCCCAGGUAAGUUGUCAAACUGUUUUUUAAACAGUUUGACUGCUUACUCUGGGAGGGCGCCACGGCACUCCUGAAACCAUAACCACUACAGAGAGCUGUAGUGGUUAUUGUGCCUGCAUUGUACCUGUAAAUAAUCUUCAAGUGCCCCUCACGUGAUUCGGUUCUGGAUCCGCCCCUGCAACCUUUUAAAUAAUUUCCGCAGAGGUAAAACUCACACAUCUUUCUGUAUUCUAUAAGGACCAAAAAAUAGAAAGAUUGAAAAUAUUGUUGUGAUUAUUCAAGAGAUAUAUAUUCUCUAAACUCAGAAUUGUACCAUAUUGUGAUAUUAUUUGUAAAAUUGGAGCAAAAUUGGCUAAUCUGAAUAUGUUCUUAACCUGAGCUAUAGUUACCUUGGCUGCUUCAGCCUUAUUUUUGCUAUUUGUAUUUGCAAUUUGAUGUUUAGUGAAGAAAACACAAAUAAUUCAAAUAUACAACAUAUGUUGCUUAAUUGCAUCUGUACUUCAUCUAUUGUCAGUAAUUCGGAUAUUGGCUAAUUUAAUGUUACCAGUUCUUCUAUUUCUUGUUUCAAUUGAUUAUUUUUUUUAUCUUUAACUUUAUCCAUUAAUAGACUUGAAAAAUAGAAUUGAUUUGACAUACUCCCUAUGGUUAUUUUUUGUUUUGUUUUCUUAUUUAGGCAAUCUAAUUACAAUUCUGCAGAUUUCCGGUAUUUCUUUGUAUUCCCUACAUUAUACUGUUGAUUUAUUUUGUUGCUAUAUCUUAAAUGCCACUUUCUACUUAUUAUUUCCCUAAUGAUAUCUUUGAUAAGCUAUGUUGACUUUAAUUAGGUUCUUUUAUUUUUCGUUACCCCAUGGUAAUGUUGUUAAGUUUAUUUUUGUAACAUUUGCAAUAUUCCACUUAAUUCUUUUAUCCUCUUACUUGGAUGUUUGACAUAAACGCUAAAUUAUGAGUUAUUACUAGGUCCAUACAGGCAUAUAUUAUAGCUAAGAUAUGAACCAGUUUAGCUGGUUCACAAAUGUGUUCCCCUUCACUGAACUACUUGUUUCAAUAUCUUAAUCAAGAAUCGGGUAAUUGUAAUAUACUAGGCUUUAAUUUGAGUUUGACGUAUAAUUGUGCCCUAUCUAUGUUGCGUUUUACUCUGUUCUUACUAAAGUCUGGUUAAAUUAACUGCACAGCCAUGCAUAAAAUAUCACCGUGUUCCAAUAUCGACAAUGAAAUCUUUUAGUUCAUCACUUGCCAGUAUCUCUAGGUCUUCUUUUUUGCUUGUCAAACAUCUGGCAUUUGAGAGCAAAUAUAUUAGGCAGCUACCAAUCUCAAGUUUUUGGACAUUGUUAAACAAAUUAAAUCAGUGGUUUAUUUAAGUCACUCGCAAAAUGUUUUCUCAAAUGGUAGAGCUGUUUCCAGUUCAGUUUUUUGUCAUUACUUUUUCCCUACACUUAUUUUAACAAUUUUAACUCUAGCCAACCUUUACCCCAGAACAGACAUGGAGUCUAGUCCUACUCUAAAGCCUUUAGCCAAAGGCAAAAAUCAAACCAGUUGUCUAAAAACUCACACUCCUGCUUUAUAUUCCACAAGCUCUGAAUAGUAUGCCUGUCUCAAUCUUCUAAUGCAGGGGUAGGCAGCAUUUGGCAUGCCAAAUGUUGUGGACUACAUCUCCCAUGAUGCUUUUCCUGUGGUUCUGUGAGCAUUAUGGGAGAUUUAGUCCACAACCUCUGAAGUGCUGAAGGUUGCCUUCCCCUGCUCUAAUGCAUGGUAUUGAUAUAUUCUAGCAGAUGGUCAUUACUCUACACUUUUCUACUUGUAUAAUUUAUUAGUUGUUCUGCAUCAAUGGUACAAUCAGCAAGAUGGAGCAGAACUUUGGGUCAUGGCCUCAAGGAACCAUAGGAUGUAAUAAUGUAUCCUUAUGUUUUUAACCAAGCAUGGACUGUAUCCAAACAGGUGCUUCUUUGGAUCCAUUUAUCGAUCACACGCAUAUUUGAUAUGACAUGGUAAAUUGAGAAACUUAACAAUACAUUGUAAAAAGAGAUUAUUUACUCCUGUAGCCACCCGCCCGUUGAUCCAUCAUCAAUGUAUUGAACAAAUAAAAAUAAAGAUGUUGUGGGGCUUAUCUCUUAUCUCAUUGGCUGAGAACAAUCAGACUCUCAGCACUGCAGGGCUUAACACCAGAGAGCUAAUUGAAAGUUUUAAGAAGGAACUGCACCCGGCAAACACCAGGAAAAGAGUCAAACAGUUCUAAAACAGGUAGACUACUUACAAUGCGAAGGCACCAGGGCACUCUUAGCACCAUAACAGCAACAAUGAUCUGUAGUGGUUAUGUUACUUGGAGUGUUUCUCUAAAUGACCUUGUACUGAUGUUUAGUGCUAGAUAUAAUGAAAUUACCUGGAAACAUAGUAAGCCGGUAACACAAACUCUGGUAAAUACAUGGACCUUAAGCUGCCAAAAAAUACAGCAUCUGACCUUCACAAAUUUUCUUUCCCCUACUUAUUUAUUUAUUUAUUUAUUUAUUUUUCCCAGAGAGAAGCCGAAAUGAUUUUACAAUCAUUAAUUCAAACUAAUUUCAAUUAGGAUGUAUGUGUUUCAAUCUUAAAGGGCAACUUACUCCUAAUAAUUGUUUGUUCUGUCUAAUGAUUAACAGGCAAUGUGACACUUUUGACUUUCACCACCUGCAGUACUAUCAGCCCAGCCCUGAAGCUGGAAGAAGUCAUGCCAUUGAAUAUGUAAACCUUAAUCACAUGCCUUCCUCUUGGACAGGUUUGACAUGUCAGCUGAUAUUUGGAGAAUUUACUUACCUACAAAUAUAGUCGGGCAAUAGCAUAUUAACUCUGGAGAUUUAAAAAAAUGUAAACCUAAUAUUACUACCAACAAACUUAACAUAAUAUAAAUGCCUUAACCCGAUAAAUACUAAGGUUAAAAAGUAAGAAAAAACAGGAUACCAUUUAUUUGAAACAGAAUAGUUAACAAAUAUAGAAUAUAUAAAUAGUAAAAUGCUUUUUGGGUAACGUUAAAAAUAAAUAAAUACACAAUUACAUUUUUUUGCUUAAAAGAAAUACAGUUUUUAUUAAGUAUAUGUUUCGGUAGACAAUAUGUGUACUUUUUUUAAACAAUGUCCAAAAUGUUAGCAUUAGCAUGAAAGCAGAAUUAUAUCAAAUAUUUCAUUUAUAUAAAGUAUAUAAAAAUAGAAAACAAUACACUAUCCUGUUUACAGAUAUCAUGAAGGUAUUUAAAGGAAUUCAUUUAACAUAUUUAAAUGCCACUAGUUUAUAAAAAAAUAAAUAAUAUUAUGUAGACACAUAUAAUUUCUUCAUGUUGUAUUGGCAGCACAAUAAAUUGCUUUCCUGUGCUUUAUAAAAUGUUUAUGCUGUAGCAGCGUAGUCUUAUUCGAAGGGCCAUUUGGGGCAGCACCUCACCAAUAUUUAUGUAGGGAAAAAAAUAUGAUUUGCAGUAGUUUAGACACACUAAGAUUCUUUUAUUGGAGGGGAGGGUGGUCAGCCAAAUAAAAUAUGGAGAAAAAUUAUUUAAUUCUGUAAUGGGUUUAGUUCUGCAGGCAUCCUCACCCUCAUUGGUAGCCUCAUCUAGGCUGUAAAAAAUUUGUUUUUAUUGAGUUCCCAUUUGGGCAGCAGAGGCAGCUGCCCAUGAGUGGAGGCAUGCUAUUAGCCAGUCUACACCGACGAUCCCCAUAUACAUCCCUGCAUUCACUCUCACGCCGAUAAUCUACACAUAUGCCCCUGCAUUCACACUCACACUGAUACUCCACACAUACAUCCCUACAUUCACAAACCAGAAAUUGCAUGAGGAUAGGAAAGUCUAAUGCACGUGUGCCACUCACCAUGCAUUCACAUUAGGUUCCCCAAUAUAAUGACAUCAGAGGUGGCAGACAGAGACCCAGCAACUAACGGAACUGAAGAAAAAUAUCUCAAAUUGCACUCCCCUGAUUUUUAUUUUGGGGCGGGGGGGAAAUUCUUAUACAUAAUGAUUAUCUGAAGAUGUGCAGUACUACUGUAAGCUGAUGGAUUUUUUUAGAAUGUCAUGUGCUGCUUCCGGUAUCUUUAAUAAUAUUUAGAGAAUGCACUCUUUCUCCUUUGAACAUGCAUUUUCACACAUUUUUAUUUGGUAACUUAAGUGCCUACGAAAACCAGCUCAAACGUGCUAAUGCUUAUAUCAACUGAAUUUCUACAGGGAGCAGGUUUUUCAGCCUAGUUCCCAAAAUGUAAUCAGCUGCGUUAUCAUACUGUUAGAUUUUGGACGGGUAGUGCAUGCAGUUAUGGAAUAAAAAAGGCAACAUAAAAAAUGUAGAGUGAAAAAUACAUUAAUAUUUCUUUUGCUUUAAAAGACGUAGCAAUCGAAAUAUAUAUUUAAAAAAGAAAAAUAUCCAGUAGAUUUCACAUGAUGGGUUUUACACACUUCAGUUUACUGUUGAACUGCCUUUAACUGACUUUAUUGACUAAUCCUGUGAAAUAUAAAUCCCACUGAGGCAGUGGGAUUUAUAUUUCACAAGAUUAGUCAAUAAAGUGUGAAUAAUCAGGAAUUCAAAAUGAAUUAAAAAGCCAAUGUCAAAAUUUAGGAGACACUGGACAAAUUGGAAAAUUAAAUUUCAUAUUUUGACUUAAAUAUGAAAUUAAGUUUGAAUUUACUUUGAAAACCCAACACUUCACACUUUAGCAUGUAAUCAUGUAUGCUUUUGAAAAUAUUCACUUUUUUUGCAGGGUUAUUUACUAAGGUGAAACUUCUAAGUGAAUUCAAAGGGUAGCCGAUCUGGGGGGGGGUGAAAAAUCUGUUAGCCACGCUUUCAGUUUGGCUACUCUGGCUUUCAAUCUGAAAUUAACUUUGGUAAAAUAACCCUGUUAAAGUGAUUCAUGGGGAGAAAGAUAGGAAUAUAGGCCUUGAUUUAAUAUAUUCGGAUAAGUUUUUUUAUAAAAUAUAUAUAGUAUAUAAAGAAAUAUAUCCAUACACUGAUCGGCCACAGCAUAAUUUAUCCUGCAGGUCCUUAACUUGCUGCCAAAACAGCUCUGAUGUGUCAAGGCAUUGAUUCCACAAGACCUAUGAACAGGGCCAGGCUUGGGAAAAAAUGUUGUCUCAGGCAUUUUUUAAUCACAGUGGUCCAUUGAGAAUGGAAUGCCACAUCACCAAUGACAAACACGCCCCCUCUCAAAGUGAGCAUGUUGGUUCAAUGCUCUUCUAGGGCAGACCAUGCGCAGAGCCCUGCUGAAGAGCUCUUGCAUGAAAAAAAGUCCCUGUGUCCAAUCUGCACAGUGCAAUUGGAUCUAAUUAAACACUUGAGCUGUGUUUGCUUGUGACUUGUCUCUGGUGUCUUCAGAAGUAGGAUAGGGUAAGCAUGUGUUUGGAGGCUGCUUGUGGGAUAACCAGUGUGUAGAGUGAGCUGAUUGUGGUGUGGUGUUUUGUGUUGUUUCAGUUGUUUUGUUUUUGUGGUGUAAAAUGUGUGGCUAGGGGCUAUAGAGAGUGAGCGAGUGUGUGUGUGUGUAGGGGUCAUAGUGUGUUUAAGAGAUGUAGCAAAUGUGUGCAGAGAGGCUGUAGUGUAUGUAUGUAUAUAUGUAUUGCUUAUGUAGUGUGUGUAAAAGGGUGUAGGGAGUAUGUUUAGGGAACAUAGUUUGUGUUUUUGAGUACAGAGGAUCUUGUGUGUGCAUAGGGGAUUCAGGGUGUGCAUGUCAGGAAUGUAGUGUGUGUGUAGGUGGUGCAGUGUGUGUCUAUAUGGGAUCUAUUAUGUAUGUAGGGGAUCACUUCUAACUACCAUAGAAGUGAUACGUUAAAUGGCUAGUAGAGCAACCUGGUAUAUUCUGUAACCAAGCAACCGGAAAGUUGAAUACCAGGAGAGAGGGGUAAAAGGGUGUGGAACCAACAUUAAACAGGCAGAGAGUCAGACCCAUAACGUAAUCAAUAAUACCACUUAACCCUCCUAAUAAUUGUUCCCAGAAAGCACUUUAAUUAGCAGUAACUUGAGUGUUUGUUAACUGAGCCAAUGUAUUAUUUACUUUUCUUUUUUUAAUGGCUACCCUGAUGGUUGUCUUAGAAGAGUAAAUAAACCAUAUAACAGCAACUUCAAAUGUGACUUGGUGGGAUUCAUUUUCAAAUAAAUCAGACUUUCCAAUGUUGAUUCCAUGUAAUUUAAAUUGAAAUUGGGUUUGGGCAAUCAAAUCAAUUUGAAGGUAUUUUUCAGAAUUCUUUCCCCCCACAUAUUUCAAUGUAAAACCUGUUCUUGCUGUCAUAUAACAGACUGUUAUCAUGUUCUAAAUAUAUUUCCCUUUUAUCUUACAGGGUAUACAUUUUUGAAAGAUGCCAGAUAUGCCAGUGACACUACAGCACACCCCUCCAGAUGGAGAAUGGGGCUGGGUUGUAGUCUUUGGUGCCUUUAUUUCAAUUGGGUUCUCGUAUGCAUUUCCAAAAGCUAUUACAGUGUUCUUCAAGGAGAUUCAAGAGAUCUUCAACACUUCGUACAGUGAAAUCGCAUGGAUAUCUUCAAUUAUGUUGGCUGUUAUGUAUGCAGGAGGUAAAUCCCAUCUUCCUCAAUAUGUUUUUUGCGUUUGGAAUGUGAUCAUUGUGCUAUUAAAUGAUCCAUUAUAUAGGUAAUAUCUAUUACUAUUUUAGUACACGUUAUGUAAAUAUUUUGGAAUUUAGCUGAUUAGUUGUUUUGGAAGUCUCAUUGUUUCUAUGAGGGCAGGGAAGGGAGAUGUUCCAGAAAACAAAUAUUGCUCCACUGUCACAAAAAGUGGCUGAAAACAGCAGUGAUAGAUCAAAAAAAAGGACAAGGUCUGCCCUAGAGACCCUGGUUUGCUAGUUGAUAUUCGUCGCAUAUACCAUGCCUCAUCAUGAGAAAAAAUUAACAAUAUUUUUGCAGAACAUAAGUAUAAUGAUAUUUUCGCUAAGAAUGAACAAUUCCAUUGACAAUGAUUUUCUGAAAUCAAUCGGUUAUAAUGCAUCUUAUCAGGGCAAUUACUUGUAUUUAGAUAAUGCAGAGUACUCGUAAAAAAUUGUUAAACCUGUAGGAAAAAAAAAGGUUUAUGCUCUUUACUAAAAUUCAAGGCUCACAUCUGACCAUACUUCACAAUUUUGGGCUAUGGACCUAGUUUGAAUGAUGUCAGAAGAAAACAUGCAGUAAGUGGCAAGUUACAGCCGUAAACAGACCUUCUUAGAAAAUCGACUGGGAAUGCAUUGUAUAAAUCCAUUGUGUCUACAAGAGUUAGCAUAAGCCAAAAAUGCAUUUUUUUUUUUUUCAGUUUUACUCAACAAUAUUGUUCUACUACAUUCCAUGUCUCUGAGUCUCUGAAAGAAGAGUCUGACCCCCACCUUAUCCUCUGCAGAGCAGGAUCUGUGGCUUUUCUCUCCCUUUGUUUCUAUAUGAGCAUUUUAGAAUUAGGCAGAUAUACAUUUUUGUGACAAUUCAUACAACUAAUUAUUUUUUGAUGCCCUCAUUCAAUCUCCUUUAUUAAAAGAUUGACAAUCUACUUAUUCAUUCAAACUAUAGGCAAAAAAGUAAUCACAACAACAUACACUUAUCUUGAUCUCACGGAUCAUUUGAUACAAACCCACACAGUCAUCAAACUAAAUUUUCAAGAAACUAUCAAUUCCAUCCUUUUUCUUAUCACCAAUUUCUGCAAGAUGCCCUCUUCAAUCUUUAAUCUCUUACUCUGAAGAACUGGUACUACCUCCAAACAAUGGCUUGAUCUUUCAUUCAAUAUGUCAUAUAUCUCUUAAUACAUAAUGUUAUAGAAUCUUCUAAAUGUAAUAUAGUCAUAACCCAGUGGUCCAUUCACCUCUCCUGUCUAGACAGACUGAACUUUAAACUUAAAUGAGAAUAACUUUAAACUUAAAUGGGAAUAACUUUAAACUUAAAUGAAAAAAUUUACCUGCAUUCACCUACCAAGAAAUAUCUCUGAAAGUCUUUCCAUAAUGCAAUAUAUCUCUCUCAGUCAACUAUUUCUCAUGGAUGAAUAAAAAUGUGAUUCAUUUUUUUAAAUGUAACUAACCCUCUGUAGACAUACAGAUACUCACUGGUCUGUAUGAGUUGCUUUUAAAUCUGUUGGGUUAGAAUUUGAGUCUUUUGGCUGCAACAUUUUAACUACUAUUAUUAAAAUAUUUCUAGCAGAUGUUAGAAAUUAUCUACACAAGUAGCUGUAGUCUUAACCAGUUAAUCUGGAGUUUUUUUUUCACCUAGAUAAAUUAAUGUAAUCUCAUUUAGAGAAGCCUUUGAGUUUUCAUUUAGAGUAGUAAUUUUUAUCCCUUUCAAACUGACAAAAUUAGAAAAAAAUUAAUCUUACAGUUGAUGUGUAGAUAGAUAUGAAUCUGUAAAGCCUGUUAGUAGCCCUAGUGGUCAGCGAACCCAUUUAUUGUUUUUUUUAAAAAAGUUUUUUACGCUUUACAAGUGUUAGAUGAUGUAACCUAGGCUUAUUAUAUUUACUUAGAUAUUUAAAGAGUUAAUGACGGGCAAAUUAUAAUUUUCUUAUACAUGAUCCAUAUUUAGUCUCAUCAUGUAUAGCUCAAGAGUCCUGAAUGGCAUAAUUUUCCCAUAUUAAAUGGUCCACAGUUGGAUAUCACCCCCCUUCAUUUUGCGUACUUUUUGUUGCCUAUGGCAGUAAAGACUUGUAAAAGUUCAUGUUUUGUAGUUUUCUAAUGGAACCAUAACACUACUGGAGAACUGUAAAGCAUGAUAAAUUAUACACCAGGAUGCUACACCGUGUAAAACAUUUAUCCGGUAUAAUACAGUAAUGAUAAGUCUAUUUGCCUAAGGUUUUUAACAAUAGAUACUGCAAUUCUAUUUGUUUGCUAAAUGAUCUGAGACAAGCUUAUAAAAGACUUCAUACAAAACCUAAAGAGCAGUGAAUAAAAUAAGAUAAAUGGCAAUAAUCAUGCCCAAAAAAUGAAUAAAAAAUGAUUAUUUGAUUGGGCACGACUGAUUCUUUGUGUUUGCAGUCCUCAAAGGACAAAUAUUAUUACAGGUAUAUUUUCCUAGUAGCAUAGCAACCAGACAAAGAUUCACAGUUACCUGAAAAAGAUGAAUCCUUUGCUGAUUGCGAUAGUUUAUGUAUUUUAGAGACAUAAGUUCAAUUUAGCCAUUCUUCUUUGACCCAUGUGCUGGGGGGUUGUUGUAGAGAAUAAAAAACUGGGUAGGGAUUGGAAAAUGGCAAACCAAUGGCAGUCCACAGAUAGUCAUAUCUCAAACUGGCCAGAGGGUGCCCUCCGAAUUGUUGAAAUAAUUCUCCACCCAUGAGAGGGCCCUGUCAUCACAACUCUUCAACCAAAAUAAUUUAUUUUUCCCUUUAGCUUCAGAGAAGAGAUCAUUGAGUUUUUUUAAUGUUUUCUUUUUUAUGAUGACUGCAUGUCCAGUAAUGCUAAACUAAGUCAUCAGACUGGUGACACUCUAUAAGUGAACUCUAAUGCAUGGUACUACAACAUGUAGAAAUAAUACCAGAAAGUGGGUUAUUCUAUACCUGAAAUUCAAUGCCAUUGACUGUAUGGCUUGUGCUGUUGAGAUGUGUGUUUACUAAAUGCAAAUCCAGGUGAAAGUUCUGAGAGCAGAUCAACUAACAAGAACAUGACAUUGAUUGCUCAUCUUUGAGAACUUUAACCCAGAUAUACUGUAUAUACACAUCAGUAACAAAGGUCAUAGUGCUACACAUACAUUGAUUUUUUCAGAGUAUUUUCAAGGUAACCAGACAGAUGACAUUCAGUUAGUGAGACCUUAAGCUUUACACCACUAGAUGUAAAAUUAACACCAGCAAGUGGACACCUGAGAAAUCAAUGACUUUUACUGAAUUAUUUAUGUUGUUGUGUACUAAAACUGAAUCUAGGUGAAAGUUCUGCGAGAAGACCAAACAGAAAGAACAUCCCAUAGAUUGUUCACCUUUAGAGAACUUUUACCCAGAUUUUCUAUUUAUACAUAGAGGUAGGCUUAGGUAGCUAAAGUCCCUGUGCUAUAUGUACAUUGAUUUUUGCUGAACAAACAUUUACAUUCUCAAUCAGGUCCUGACUUAAAAUAAAUGAGAUAUAAAUGAAUUUUGUGAGAUUAUGCUUUGUUUUUUAAAUUUUAUAUUCAACCUCUUUAUUUUUUGGGAUUGCAAUAAUAUGAAUUUAAUUAGACCACCUUAGUGGUUUUUUAACUUCGCAUAUGGAAAAAAUGAGCCUUGACACCCACAAGCUGGUAUUAUUGCAAAAGAGAAAGAGAUAAAGAGAUACAAAAUAGGAGUGUAGGGGGUGUAAAGAUAUGUUUAAAUAGGCUGAUCAUAUCUUAACCCUUUCAGCUAUCCAACUGUCAGUGGUUCAAUACCAAAGAAAACACAGGUACCUGCAUUAAAAUACAUUGUGUAACAAUGAAAAAAAUAUAAUUUGUAGGGACUCACAGUUGGUCCACAUGUAUCAAAAGGUGAGAGAAACUGAGAAGUACUUCAAAUAAACAGUAAAUAAUCAGAUGCUCUUAACCCAUUAAGGACACAUGACGUGCGACAUGUCAUGAUUCCCUUUUAUUCCAGAAGUUUUGUCCUUAAGGGGUUAAUUUGCUUGUGCAAGGGAUAUAGAGAGUAAAAACAACCUGCCUGGUAAGAACAUGCCGAAAACUGUCCCCUACCCCUUCCUUCACUCUUUGUCCUAUAUGGUGAAGGGUAAUAAUGAAUGGUUGGCUAGAGGGUCCCCAAGCACCUAGUCCAAUAGAAGAUUAUUGAGUAUCAAGUCCCUUGAAAAGCAAGUGGAUCAAUGAGUCCUGAGUCCUUUUUGCCACAAUAAAAAACACCCUCUCUAUAGGGGUCCAUGGGAUGUCCAUCAGCUACCUCCCAUUAAAAUGUUAACCCAACCUAAACUCUCUCACUAUAAUAAGCAUUAGGCUUACAGUGAGAAGAUGCUGCUGUCCAUAGGAAAGCAUUGAGAAAUGCUUUCCUAUGGACUGAUUGAAUGCACGCGGUUCUUGCCGCGCAUGCGCAUUCGGCGGAUGACGUCGGAAAAGGGAGGAGGGUCCUCAGCCCUGAGGGAGCCCGACGCUGGAGAAAGGUAAAUGUUCAACUCCUUAACCCGUCUUGAGCCCGGCGGGAGUGGGACUCUGAGGGUGGGGGGAACCUAUUAACACUAUAGUGCCAGAAAAAUGAGUUUGUUUUCCUGGCACUAUAGUGGUCCUUUUAACAUAUUGCUGGUUACUUCAAUUCUCACUUUUAAUAAUCUAAGAUAAUUGGUUUGCCAGGGAAAAUAGCAAUUAGACUUGGAGAUUAAUUUAAUUAAGAACUGCAAGCUGUCCUAAUUUUGUCUAAAUUGUGAUUGUUCGAAUUCCAGAACUCUGAGCAGAAAUAUAUUUGAGGCGGCGGGGCCUGGCAGCCAAGCUGAGUGUUCGCAUGUUGCUUGUGAUCCGUGCAGCACUGAGUAUUCUGCACAAUUUUUGGACUUCUAAUCUACGACUUAACUGCCUCUACAUACAUUUGGUCCCAUAAGACCUGUUGAAGCAGCACUGCCCUCCUAUAUAACGGAUUAACAGUGGCAGAUGCUCUGGUGGCCUAUCUGUGGACUCACAAGUGGCGAGGGCAUUGGGACACGGCUGAUCUGGUGAUCUCUGACCUACCUGGAGGCAGACACUUAGUAGCUGGGCUCACUGUCCCCCCCCUUCCCCACCGGUGAGGGUUAUCUGGGCCAAGCUGGCUAGCAGAUUACAUGACUCCACACAUACGCUGACUCCCACUGAUACGCUCAAGCGAAUACCAGAUGCACCAGCCCCACAAGACAUCAUGCCUAUUGCACCCAGUGCUGGCCUAGCUCCAGGUAGAAAGCCUACCCGAUCCACAGUGGACAUCCCCUAUCCUCAGUUACCCCGCACACUUCGACAUCGGCACAUUACCCGACCACGCUGGGUUCAUCAUUGCACCAGAGGCAGAAGCUCAAGCUUUUUACUGCUACUCCUCUUUUUUCUCUAUUAGUUAAAUUGUCUCAUUUGAUCUGUGUACUGUAAGUACUGUAUCCUGUAUUUUGUAUAUAUUUUGCUGUACACUGAUUGACCCACUUUUGCUCAAUUGUGGUUCAUCUGUUUUCCAGAAUAUUUCUUAAAAUCAGCUGAACUGAAUUGCCAAAUGAACAAAAUUUGUCUGCCUUGAAAAAUAUUGUAUUUUCAAUAGAUGUAUUUCGACCAUAACAUAUUUUUCCACCAUGCUCAAGUCUAUUGCCCAUUGCCACAUAAGAAGGAAAUAUAGAAAGUUGGUUCCAUAUGUACCAUAGUUUUCUUUUCCUUGAUAUAUCCAUGGUAGCAUUACCAUAGGGUUAUCUCCUCCAAUCUGGCUGUUAAGAACAAUUAGUAAAACCUUUAAAUACACCACUUGGAUUUGUAUAUCCUCAGUCUACAUUGAUGGGAAAUCCAUACUGCUACGGAUAUGUUCAGAUAAAGAAAAUUAUGGUAAGUAUGGAAACAAUUUUCUAUGUUCAUGGACAAUCUAUGGCAGUAUUACCAUAAGGUAAUACCCACACUAAAUCCAUGAAAGUGAUAAAAAAACAAAAGGCAACUAAACACAAAAUGCUGCAAAAUACAAAAAUGCUUUAUUUAGAGGAAACCGAAUAUAAGACAUUUCUGCCAAAGCAAGAAAAUUUUGAGGCUCUAAAAUCCACGUCAUAAUGAGAGAUGAAGGUAUUAGAAGAAGUCCAAUAGCCGCUUUACAAAUGCUCUCCUUGGACUUGGGUUUUGGAAUCUUCAGAAUGUAUUACCACUUCCCUUAAACACGCCUUAAUAUUUUUGUCUUCCUCCUAUGGAUAAUUGACCUUCCUUCCAAUUGCUAGACUUAUUUAAUUCUUUGCUAGGUCUAUAACCUCUAGAGUCCGUUAGGAAACUCUGUCUCAAAAGGAGCGUCAUUCACUCCAUGAUUAAGAACCUUUACUUUCCCUUCCAUUUUGCUUAAGUAAGGCUUGAAGAUACAUACUUGCAGAACCAAAUAACCAAUUUGUGAGACAGAAUUUUUACACUUGUGCGAAAGUUGUACCAAAUGCAAAUUCGGUCACGCGAUUCACCUCAACAUCUUAAAUGUUAAACAUCCCUGAAAGUCUCAAAUGUCUUUCUGAAUCUGCUGCAAUAUUUGGAAAAUGAUAAAAAUAUUUAAACGUAUUCAUCAGUAUUACAUUUAACAUGCUAAAAUAUAACUUAGCAGACUUUUACAUACACUUCAGCAGUAAUUCAUAUCACUGCAGAAUUAAACAAACAAAUGUAAUACAACAAAUAUGUAAAAAGAUGAUAAUUAUGUGUAUUACUUAUUUCAUAUUGAGAAUUAAUUUUCUAAACCUACAAUAAGCCAUCUGGUCAUCCAUAUGGUGUUAUGUCUGCCCCUGGAAAAUAGAUUAAGCAAAAAUCCAAUAAAUAAUAAAUACAAAUAGAUUACACAGAAAGAGAAAUACAAUAUAAAUGUUAAUAGAAAUAGAUAGAUAAGAUAAACACAGAGAGACAAUGGAUGGAUGGAUGGAUAAAUGGAUGGAUCAAUGGAUGGAUGGAAAGAUAGAUAGAUAUCUGGAUUUGGAUAAAUAGAUAGAUAGAUAGAUAGAUAGAUAGAUAGAUAGAUAGAUAGAUAUGGAAAUCACACUAUUGAACAAAACAUUGAAACUAAUCAAUAACAUCAGUUCACCAUCUUAUAUGUUGUUCCAUUUCUUUUAAAAUAUAUAUUAAAGAUUUAACAAGGGACAUCACAAUAUAGUUCAGUCCAGAUACAGACAUGCUACAACAUGCAAAUGACAAAGAGAAAACGUUGUUUUGCUUUCUCCUCUACCACUAUGUCCAAUGACAGAAAAAAAACAUUUAUGAUGCAGAUUGACAGGGUGCUAAAUUGAAGACAACGAAUUCCAGGAGAGAUGUGUAGAUUUCUAGAGUUAAUUUAACUUUGUUAGACCUCACCAACACAUAUUUUCUAAAUAUAGAUCAUAAGUAAACAAACAUUCAAUAAGUAAAAUUCCCUUUAAUAAUCCACUAAAAAUAAAAACCCUGGAAAAUUAAUUUAGGGUGUUUUUGCCUGAUAAAUUAUAAGAAUGAAACUACAAUUUUGUUUUGAGUGUGAGCACUUAAUGGAUAUCAGAUUAAAGGACCACUAUAGUGCCAGGAAAACAUACUCGUUUUUCUAGCACUAUAGGUCCCAUGGUCCCCCUCCCGCCAUGCUGGAUGGAGAGGAAGGGGUUAAACUUACCUCAUUCUCCAGCGCCGGGCGGGGAGCUCUCCUCCUCCUCUCCGCCUCCUCUCCUCCUCUUCGGCUGAAUGCGCAGGAGCUGCGCACGCAUUCAGCCAGUCCAUAGGAAAGCAUUUUCAAUGCUUUCCUAUGGACGCUGGCGUCUUCUCACUGUGAUUUUCACAGUGAGAAGCACGCAAGCGCCUCUAGUGGCUGUCAAGAGACAGCCACUGGAGGCUGGAUUAACCCAUUUAUAAACAUAGCAGUUUCUCUGUUUAAUAAAAAAAAAGGGAUAACCCUAGCUGGACCUGGCACCCAGACCACUUCAUUAAGCUGCAGUGGUCUGGGUGCCUAUAGUGGUCCUUUAAGGGAUAUUAUUAUUUUUUUUUCCUAAAGAUAAAAAAUGAAUAUUCAGAUUUGUUUUUGGGGGGGGGGCAAUGUUUAUUGUUUCUCAACAAACAAUCUGUUUUAGUCUAGAUUACUUCUGCAAUAACCGUUACACAAAAACUGGUCAGUUUUACUACAACUUUAUCUUAACUACAAGGCAUUAACAUUUUUUCAACAGAAUUACCAGCAAAUAUAUCAAUUAUUAAUUUUAGAAUUAAAGAAAAUUACCCUUCCCGUUGCCCACUAGUCAUUUCACAGCAUGCACUUCUAUGCCAUUAGCAAAGGAAUGUAUAGGUCAGUGGAGGUUGGUCCAAUAGUGGUAGGUAGGGUGGCCUCCCCAAGUUAUUAUGAAAAUAAAUGAAUAAAAUAAAACUCUAUUGGCAUUGAAAGGAUUACUGAAAAGUGUGUUUAUUUAUCACUGGGGAUGCAGCUGGUUUUGAACUGGGUAAAACCAGCAUCUAAUAAAGUGGGUGAAACCUAACAGGUGAAGGAGGGCAGCGCCCCGCCAUCUUUAAACUUCAGCAGCUGGCCCUGGUAUAGAUCAUGUGUAAAACAUCAAUUAGAAAGACAGUUCUGCUGCUUGCCUUCAAUGUAUGCAAACACUCAUGCGUAGCUAUGGGGAGGCUCAAGAUGGCUUAGUGGACUGAUUAUAACAGUGCCAGCAACUUACUGCUUUAUUGGCAAUUACUCCAGUUUGUGUGAAGUGGCAGCUGUGCGCUGGUCAGAAUUAUUUGCUUUGCGAACAAGUACAUGCCUACUGUUAACAGGCUACAUUAGAUUAAGCUAGUUAGUGACAUACAUUAGGUAUAAACUUUGUAAAAAGCUUAAAGCAAAAACCUUGUCAUUGUGUAGGAAACUGUAAGCAAGAAAGGUGUGAAAAUAUAGACCAGUGCCCAAUGUGCUGGGUUUGGUUUUAAAUGUAUUCCUAAAACAAUAGUGUAUUCCUUACACUAUAGUGUUUAACUAACUAUUUAGGGCCCUGGUCCCCCUUAGAUGGCAGUAAAAAUGUGUUUUUACUUACCUUUUUUCUCAACACGACUGGCCCCAGCCAGCUACACUUCCAUGGGUGAGGUCAUCACACUUGACGAUUUCAGCCAAUCCAAUGCUUGCGCAUGCACAGCAAAACACCUUGCUACGCCAAUCAGUAUCUGCUCAUGUAGACUCAAUGAAUCAAUGCAUCUCUAUGAGGAAUGUUAACAUAGGUGCUGCACACUGUACUGCACUAGAAUAGGAAGCAUCUUUGGUGGCCGUCUGAGGAACAAUAGAAAGAGGUGUUACUAGGCAGCAAUAUAUAUGUUGCCUUUUCUCUGAAAAGGCAGUGUUUACAUUAAAAGGCCAGCAGGGACAGGCUAUAGGCAAACCUCUUCAUCCUUGGUAAAACAACUUAUCAUUUGAAAUAUUUCCAUUUUGAAAAUCUAAUACUUUUGUGCAUUUUUGUUUAAAAUGAAAAUUAAUAUUUUAUUAACAUUAAUCAUGUAUUUGCCACUUCUAUAUUGUCAUAUUUGUCAGAAUUCUGCUGUCGUUUUAGUGCGUUUUAUUCUGAUACUUUUUCGAAUGCUAAAGGACAUUUAUCAAUGUCUACAAUGUAAAGUGUUACAAAUUUGUUGUGUAAAUCAGUUCAUUAGUAUGCUGACAGAAAUGCUUUUGCAGUUUAUGUAUUCCCUUACCAUGCUAAAAUUGAACUUUACAUACACUCAGAUCAUUGCAUACAUAUAUAUAUAUAUAUAUAUAUACAUAUAUAUACAUAUAUAUAAAUACAUGUAUAUAUAUAUAUAUAUAUAUAUAUAAUAUAUGAAUAUUUGUUGAUUGACAGAGAUAGACUGCAAGGGAGGGAGGAAGGGAGGAAGAGAGGGAGGGAAAGAUGGAUGGAUGGACCAAGGAUGGAUAGACAGAUAGGUGGAUGGAUGCAAGAAUGGAUUGAUGGAUGAAUGGAGGGAUGGAUGGGUGGAUUGAUAAAUGGAUGGAUAGAUCAAUGGAUUAAUGGAUUUGAGGAGAGAUGGAUGAAUUGAUGAAUGGCUGGAUGUAUGGGUAAACGGAUGGGUGGAGGGAUGCAUGGAUGAACCUAAAUGACUCAGGCCAAAUUAUAAUGCUUUCUUUAGAAGAAAAUAAAAUCCCAUCUGAUGAUCACAUCACUGGGCAUUGAGAAACUCUACACUGCCCAUCAAUAGAUUUACUGACUGUUAAAACAACUCAUGGGCACUAAAAUAAAACUCAUAAAAAUAUAUGGCAAAACAGAAAGCCAUAUUGAAAAUCAUAAUAAAAUGUUAUUGAACGCUGUCUAGAACCAACAUACCACUUCCUGAGCAGCAAUGUUAUCAGCUGUAUAUUUUUGCUCCAAUAGGUCCAUUGGUUCAGUAGAGCCAAUGUUUAUAAUUAUCUGCCAAAUGUUAGGCAUGUCUGCAGGGACACAUGGUGAUGUUCUUAGCAAGAUAAAGAAAUUAUAUUUUUCUGUCCACAUUUAUAGAAAUAUGUUUGGCAGCUGGGUCCAAAUGGUAGAUUACCAGCAGCUGCAAAACUUCAUCUCCCAUGAUGCUCUGGCAAUGUUAAGGCUGUCAAAGCAUCACGACCAUUGCCUUUUUGCAACAGCUGGGGAUCUACCUCUUGGGGACCCCCGUUGUAAUGGUUUUCAAUAUAGCCAUGUACUUCUCAGCAUCUAAUUUGCAUGUGUGGUUAAGAAGUCUUUGAAUUGUCCUGAUAAAAAGCCAUAUUCAUCAUUUAAUUCUUCCUUUCAUUUCACAUUGGCAUCAUUUUUCAAGUAAAUACAUUUACAUUUACCUGUCUUGAAAUGUUGAUAUGUAGACAUCACAAUGGAGACAAUACAAUGGCCACUGUCAUCUUCGUAUGACAUCUCUUGCUCAUUAUUUUGAAGUUUAAGUACAACUUUGACAGUUCUUUAGUUCAUUAUCUUUAAAGUGAUUGACAAUUCCUGGUCCCUACACAUAAAGCCUUUCUUCUUCACAUAACAAAGGUCUUGGAUUAUCAAUAUUGAAAACAACUAAAAUGCUUUUCUGAAAAUAGCUGGAAGCACAAUUAGUUCAUGAUGAUCAGUUCCAUGUGUGUUUAUAAAAUGGUUUACAUUUCUCCUAUACAAUGCGGGCCAGCAAGUCUUAAAAUACAUCACAGACUAAGAUGUUUUAGAAGCAUAUGCUCAUUUUGAUGCAUUUUGAAAUAUUAUAUUCUGCAGUUUCCCCUUUGGUACUUGCUUUCUUAAUUUCUCCUUAAAUAUAUACCUGUUCUUUUGAAAUGUGUCUUGAUAAAAUGCCCUAGGCAAGGUUAAAUUGUGUUUGACCUUGCUUUCAAUAAUUUAACUUGAUUAAAAUUUCCUGAAUAUUUGAUAUUUGAUCUAUUCGGCUUUAGGCAAUCCAUUUUGUGAAAUAAUUUUUAUGCUGAAAUAAUAUUUCACAAAAUAAGAAAGUGAAAGGUAUGUGUAGACAGAUAGGCAGGUAGACAGAAUUGCUAUAUUUAUGUAACUAGUUUGUAUAUUCUCAAAUGUAUAAAAUCUCAUAACAUUAUUUAUUUUUUAGGUCCAAUAAGCAGCAUCCUGGUAAAUAAAUAUGGAAGUCGGCCUGUGGUUUUAGUAGGUGGUUUUUUAUGUGCUGUGGGGAUGGUAUCUGCUUCUUUCUGCAACAGUGUCCUCGAACUGUACAUAUGCAUUGGUGUCAUUGGAGGUGAGUGCGAAAGUCUUUUGUUACCAUAAAUGUUUUAUUUUUUGGUGGGAGCGAUAUGGUAUGAGACAAAGAAAGAUUAGAAAGAUGGCAUAGGAGUUUGCUAGACCAAGAGAAAGGAAAACCUAUAUAGUUAUCUUCACAACUAUGCAAUAAUAUAUUUAACCUGUAGAUACCUAUAUAGUUAUCUUCACAACUAUGCAAUAAUAUAUUUAACCUGUAGAUUUUGACACAUGAAUAUUAUCUUUUUUUUCCUAAGAGAAUUUAAAAAAUAAAAAGAUGGAGUUUUUAAAAAUUAUUUUUCAUUGGAUCCAUGGAUGAUGAUAUAAGAAACAUGUGCACAGUAGUUUUUCCUAUGGCAGUCCAUGUCAGCGUGAAUAAAAUUGGGAAAACAAAAGAGGUAGAGCUUAUCAGGUCAAGAUGUGUAGCUUUGGAAUGUCUUGUCUCAUAGACAUCAUAAAAAGACUUCAUAAAAACUAACUAAGAUCAGUCUAUAUAUUUUGGUAAAAAAAAGUGCAACAUGGUUCUUUGAUAGAAGAAUGAAUACAUUCUUUUAUCAACAUCAACCUCUGUUUCUAUUAUCUUCUCUAACUUCUUUUUUAUCUCCCACUGUUUGUCCCUAUGCUUUUCUAUAAAGUUCCCUACUGCCUUGACAUUGCACUUGCUCUGUUUAUGCAGUUUAUAAGUUCAAAUGUACAUAGGUAGAUCAAUAAAUAGUUGUUCUUAUAAGGUUUGCUAAAAAGUGAGGGGUGUACAGAUAUUAUGCAGUAUUUUAGUAAGAGUAUAUUGAAUAAAACUUUGUAAUGAGGCACUUGGGUGAUAAAUUAAACAUCUUGCAGUGUUUAGAAAAAUGCAAAUAAAUCAUGUUUCUCAAAACUUAGAGGCUGGACAGAAUUUAGUCAGAGGUCAUCGUUAAGAAGUAAUUUUAGAUAAUUUUAGAAAAUAACUUUAAAGAGAAGAAGAGGGAGAAAAUAAGACUUAAUUAAAUGUAUCUACAGCAUCUGCUGAUUAUGUGGAAUCCUUGUUGGUCCAGUGUGGGAGCACAGUGAUUUCUCUUGUCCUGUUCCUCCAUUGUUGGUGUUCUGCAAAGCAAUUAAUGGAGGUGGCAGAUAUGAUGUUAUGUACAGUGUCUUCCCUCUUUUUACUUUGAUAGAAGGGGAAGAUAUGUAUCAUUGUUCCUGGUCUUUGUUAAGUAACCCUUGCUUCAAAAUACGGUCUUCAAGAUAAAAUACCACAAAGUGGUGUAAAGCCUUCAUGGUCUAGUGAUGUCUCAUCAUAGGUACAACCCCCACAAUCUAAAAUACUAAAAUAGCAAGUGUAAGGCAGUCUAGGUCCAUGUUUAAGUACUCUGUCUGUUUGUCUUCCUCUAUGUCUUUCCUUUAUCUGUUAAGCAAUCUGUAAACAUCCAAGAUAUUUAUGGGGUUUUUUUAUUCCUCAUUUUCUCAAUCAGUUAACUAAAUCCAUGUUCAUGGGCAUGCACAAGUAGAUAUGGCAAAGGACACAGUUGAAAUGCACUUUCUAUCCCCCAUAAUGUGCCUAGCUACACUUUCCUCACCACUUUAAGUCAUUGUCUAGUUACAAAUAAAGAGCUUUGAAGGAACACUAUAGUGCUAGGUAUACAAACAUAUAUUCAUCAGGUUAUAGUGUCCUGACACCUAUCUAGGUGUCCCUCCAUAUUACUUACUUUUCAGUCCUCUCCUGCCAGUCUCCACACUACCACUCUUCUUCUUUGGUUGAUAUAAUCAAUGCUGAUGAUCACAGUUAAUCCAAUGCUUUCAAAUAGGAGAGCACUGGGAGGCUAGUGCACAUGUGUACCAAAAUGACUCAGUGCACCAAUCAAAUGCUGAUAUAGGUGCAGCAUUUGAUCUAUACCCAAGCUUAACUCGGUUAUAGCAGAAGACAACCACUAGAGGUAUGUAAUGCCUGAAAUGUAAAUAUUACUGUUUGAAAAAUAUGUCAAUGUUUUACAUUCCUGUCUUGAACACACAGGGGUUCUGCACCCAACCUAUGAUUAGUUGAAAUAGUCUUGGUGUCUUUAGUGUCCUCCCUAAAAUGAAUUUUACAUUGGUAAAGUUAUAUAUAGCAAUAAAACUAUAACAUUAUAUAAAGCUGUAAAAAUAUAUAUGCAUUUAUCAUUAAUUGUUGUUUUCGUCUUAUUUCUUCCAGGAUUUGGUUUAGCAUUUAACCUCCAACCGUCUUUAACAAUUAUUGGGAAGUAUUUCUACAAAAAGCGCCCGAUUGCUAAUGGAUUGGCCAUGGCUGGUAGUCCAGUAUUUUUAAGCACCUUGGCUCCACUUAACCAGUUUCUCUUCAACUAUUUUGGAUGGAGAGGAAGCUUCUUAGUACUUGGGGGUCUUCUUUUAAACUGCUGUGUAGCUGGCUCUUUAAUGAGACCAAUUGGACCCAAGCCUACAAAAAAAGAUGUUGAAAAAGCAGCAGCCCCAAUGACUGCAAGCAAAGAGAAGAAGUUGACUGUCUGUGAAAAUAUUAACAAGUAUUUAGAUUUAUCACUUUUUAAACAUAGAGGAUUUUUAAUUUAUUUAUCUGGAAACGUGAUAAUGUUUCUUGGAUUUUUUGCACCUAUUGUUUUCCUGGCACCCUAUGCCAAGCAUAUGGGCAUUGAUGAAUAUUCAGCUGCAUUUUUGCUCUCAAUCCUAGCUUUUGUAGAUAUGGUUGCAAGACCUACAAUGGGAAUGGUUGCAAACUCAAGGUUCGUUCGUCCACGAAUACAAUAUUUCUUCUGCUUUGCCAUUUUAUAUAAUGGUAUUUGCCACAUUCUGUGUCCUUUUGCCAAUGAUUACACUGGUCUGGUGAUAUAUUCAGUAUUUUUUGGAUUUGCCUUUGGAAUGGUUAGCAGUGUGCUCUUUGAAACACUAAUGGAUCUUGUUGGAGCCUCUAGAUUUUCAAGCGCCGUGGGACUUGUCACAAUUGUGGAAUGUUGUCCUGUUCUAAUUGGGCCGCCUUUAGGAGGUAAGAGUUCUUCUUUCUAACUCUACAUCACAAUAAACUACAUUAUGGAUUCUGAGAAAGUGGCAAGAGAGAAAGGAUAGUGGGAGUUGAGGUUUAAAUGGGUAUUUACAUGUGAUCGGGAUAUGACGUAGUGGUAGGAUACUAGAAAUUGUAGGACAAAAGAAAGAGAGAAUUCCUACAUUUUCUACUUUUAACCGGUCUAUGAGGUAUGACAUUAUAACGUCUUGUAUCAAUGGGAUGGGGUGGGCAGCUGAAAUGAUAAAUGAUAACAGCUGUUCACCAAUUGAUAGCAGAUAGCAUCAGCAUAGAAGGUACCGCAGCAAAGUGGGAAAGGAAAUAUUGCUGGUGCAUCACCAGUAAAAAGCACUGGGUGGGCUGGUAUCUGGUGAAUAUUUGUAAUGUCGAGCUACCACCUCCUAAAUGUGUGGUGCACCAACUUAAAGAAAAUAAAUAAAGACCCUCCUAUUAUGGAUAAAAUGGACAUAACUCCUGCUUCCUGAAAGAGAUACUAAUCACAGUAGUAUACACCUUCCAUCUAAAAAAAAAAAAAAAUGUUUGUAGGGGUUUAAUUUCCAUUAACCAAUGGUGAGGACCUGAAACUGUAAAAUCAUUUAUAAUUUCUGUUAACCUUUUUUUCAUAUCGUGCUCAAUUUUCUUUUAACUGAAAAUAAUAUUAAAUAUUUAGCAAAUUACAUUAUAAUCUGGUGCAGACAAGGCAAAUCCAGGGCAGACAUAAAAAAUGUCACCAAGUUGCAGAAUAAAGAGAAUUUCUAUAUUUCAUUUUCUUUUUAACAUCUCAUAAAUACAUAUGUAUUGAAUAUAAAGGAUAAGUAAACAUAAUAUAAAAAAUCCUGGAAAGCAACAGUUCCUCAUCCCAAUUUUAGCUUCCCCAUUCCAGAGGAUUUACAUGAAAGUGACCAUGUAGAAGUACUGAAUUAAGAAAGCUUGUGGGGCUUUUAGAGUACAUCCCUAAGUCAUAAUAGUUUUAAACUUAGUGGGUUAACAGAAAUGCAAAAAGAAAUUACCUACGUCACAAAGGUUUACUAGAAACAAACUAGAAUAAAUCAUUGAAUUUCUAAAUAUGCAAAUUAAAAAAGCAGCUGCUCCCAUCCUGUCCUUUUUUUCUGUAAAAAUUAUAUAUUAAGGCGCAUUGCUGAUACCAUCACAACUGGUAAAUUUAUGAUAAAAGGUUAUGUAAAUAGUUCUUAUAGAAGUACUUUGGCGUUCCAUUAAUGGGAAUCUGUAGAAAUUAUUAUUGCUUACAAAAUUAAAAAAUAUAUCCUUGGCACUUCAUCCUGUCUCUGAAAGCAGACAUCUGCAUACAUGUUUUUAUUCUUCACCUAUAAAAUGCUAAACAAAUAUGUAUAUAUAUAUAUAUCAGUCUCUGCACUUAUCCAGUGUAUAACAAUGUGUUUCCUGGGUGCAUCGACGUAUGUAUGAAUGUAUGUAUGGAUAGAGAGCUAAUAUAUAUAAGAUCUUGAAAAAGACUCAGUGGGAUUGAAACGUCAAUCAGAUACUAUGCCAUUAAAAUAAAAUAAUGUAUAUACAUUUUUCACAUUUAAUUGCUAUUUUUCACUUUAAAGUCCUAUGAGUGCAACUGGAUUUAUAUAUAUAUAUAUAUAUAUAUAUAGAGAGAGAGAGAGAGAGAGAGAGAGAGAGAGAGAGAGAUAAAAGAGUAUAGCAGCAGUAAGCAAUGAUUACUUUUUUAUUGCACUAACAGAAUACUUAGAAGACAAGCUUUCAAGAGUUUUCCUCUCUUCCUCAGGUCUGAAGCAAUACUGAUGGAUGAUUUAGAAAAUUCUCAAAAGCUUGUCUUUUACGUAUUACGUUAAUCCCCCCCAAAAAAAGUAUCACGUAUUGACAUCUUGUCUACUGGAUUAGUGCUGCUAAUCCAAUCUAGAUAGAUUGAUAAAUGAUUGUUGAUAGACGGAUGGACAGACUGAUGAAGCGACGGACCGAUGGACCGAUAAACAGGAAUAAUAUAUUGUCAGAGCAUUUUUCAAGGAAGGAUACUUUUCACCUUCUUUAGUUUUCAAGUAUAUCUUGAAUAAUAUAGCUUUCACGGUUAAGUGGGAGUAAGUAGCAUAUCACAUUAAAUUAACAAAGAGUAUUUAUUUACAUUUAUCAAUAAAUGACAUGUCAGUUAACACAGAAUUAUACAAGCCAGCUACUGGCUUCAUAUAGAAAUCCAUGCCAGCGGACACUUAAAUAAAUACUUUUUCUGCUACCUUUACACUGCUGCUACAAUAGGAUAAUACUGUUCUGCAAGAUUUCUAUUUUAUUAAAUGCAUAAAUCAUGACUCACUCGUGCAUCUCUAGUGAUUGGAGUGCCCAAUGUAAAAGGAAUACUCUAGGCACCAAAACAACCUUUGUUUAAUGAAUCAAGUUUGAUGUAAAUGGAUCAUGCUCCCACAGUCUCACUGCUCAGUUCUUUGCCAUUUAGAAGCGUAAUCACUUUGUUUAUGCAGCCAUAGCCACACCUCCCCUGCCUGUGAUUCACACAGCCUCCAUGAAAAAAAGGUUUAAUUUUUAUAUACUCUUAAGUGUGCUUUAGCAUGUAUUAUCUCCUGCUCUGUUCAUUGCACUUUAAUCACAUAUAGGAUUCUGUUGUGGGCUCUACAAGCAGAGUAUAAUAAGUUCUAAUUAAAUCACACUUUAUAAUAAGGGAAGCUGGAAAAAGCGGGCUCUUUUUCAGGAAGUGUGUAGGCAGAGUGUGAGUCACAGCCAGGGGAGGCGUAGCUAGAUUUGCUUAAACUUAGUAAUUAAACUUAUAAAUGUCAUUAAACUGAGCACCGAGAUUGCAGGGACAUGAUGUAUACACCAAAAAAUAAUUUUUUACCAAACUAUUUUUAUUAAAAGGAUUCAUGCUACUUUGUUAUGGUUGAGUAUGCCCGCAGAUUCCUUAAAACACUGGAUUCAGUAACAUUAAAAAUAUAUUUUUGGACUUUUAUCAUAAACUCAAGCAUUAAAUCUCCAUUUCACUGGCAAUUCCUUUACUAUAAAUGCCUAUCUACUGAAGGACAUAACAUGAUUACCUUUAGGAGUCUUAAAAACCCAGGAGAAUAUUGUGAGAGAAGAUUUGAAAAUUUGAUAAAAUAAAGAUCUUUUUCCAAGAAUCAUUGGUUUAAGAUCGACAUUUGACAUAAAAAUAUUAACUUCAAGGAUAGAAAGCAAAUUUACUUUUGAAUGAAGAAAUUAUGUUCAUAAGUCUAUCUUGAAUCCAAUAAAGCAUGAAUCUUCUUUUCUUUACUUGAAUUUUGGAAUAUAUAUAUAUUAAUGUUCAAAUAACAUCCAUUUCACCCAGAAUGUAAUUAUUUAUUUUGCUGAAACAACUUCUGUACUUUAUUAAGGUUACUAACAAAAAGUGAUGUUUAUUUUGAUGGCAUGGUAUAACCAUCAAUCAUAAAUGAGUAGCCCAUUCAUGAAAAGGGUUGUUUUACACCUUGAGAGCAAGAUACAUUUUUAAAUGUUUGUUGUGUCUUGUUCUCUCUUAAUCAUUUAGCACGCAAUCAUAUAUAUUGUGGAUAGUAUUUUUAAAGACAAUUAAGGCUUUCUUUUUAUACUCUUUAUACAUUAUUAAUGCUGCCAUUUUAUUAACUUGCUGCUAAAUUUUCAGGUAAUUUUAUAUACAGACAAAACAUAUAUAUAUAUAUAUAUACAGUUUUGAUGAUAAUUCCUUAAACCUGAUUUAUUCUACCUGAAUAAUAUACCUAAAUGUGUAGUCUGCUACCCACUUGGCAGAAAAAUAACCAUUAUGCUUACGUUGGUUAAUAUUGGGUGAAAUUGCAUGUUCAAAUCUGAGACAUUUUAGUUAUAAAAUUUGAAUUCUGACACUUAGCAUAUGUUUAACCUUAAGGUUGCAGGUCACCGUUUUAAAAUUCCAUAUCAUUGGGGUCUAACAUUUUUUAAGAAAGAAGUGUUGGGGGCAUGUUUCAGAACUCACAUCUAAACUCAUUCUCCCACAACCACCAAUUAACCCCUUAAGGACACAUGACGGAAAUAUUCCGUCAUGAUCCCCCUUUAUUCCAGAAGUUAUGUCCUUGAGGGGUUAAUGAAGUGGUUGAGGAAUUCUGGAGAAUUAAGGUAUAUGUACACCCCAAGACUCCCUGUCACUCAUAAUUACCGUGGUGGGCAGUGAUGAAUGCGUUAAAACUUUUAUUUGUUUAUAUUUUUUAAACAAUGGGAUAGUUGUGGAAGUAUGGGAAAUGCAAUUAUUACAAGUGAACAUGACCGACUAAAUGCACAGUAAUCAACAUGCAAACAAAAUUAUUGCUAAACUGGUAUGCUAACAGAUUUUUCUCUGUUUGGAUUUUCAGGUUGGCUGGUGGACAUCACUGGAAAUUAUAAAUACAUGUACUUUGUAUGUGGUUGUAUAGUUAUUGUAGCUAGUAUUUAUUUGUUUAUUGGAAAUGCAAUCAAUUAUAGAUUAUUGGAAAAGGAAAAGAGAGCAAGAGAACAGGACAUUGCUGAGAAAAUUCCACAACAGACAGAAAAGGAACCUCUGAACAACCCCGGAAGUGUUGACUUCGCUGCAAAAGAAGCCCCUAAUUCUAAAACAAAUCCAUCGGAUAAGGAAACUAGUAUAUGAUGUGAAAAUUGAUGUAUAUAUGUAACGGUUAGUUUUGGAGCUUUAAAAACAUGAGCAAGUAUUAAAAUGGAAAUAAUGUUGUUAAAUCAUUAAUAUUGAAUUAUAUUUGGUUUGUACAUUUGGGAUCAGAUCAGGGUGAAAUGUAAUUGGCAAAAAAAUAAUCUUUUUUUUGGCAAAGAAAGUCUAUGCUGUCCUGACAAUCUCUUCCAUUCAGAUCGUAUAUGAUAUGAUAGGGUCUGUUUAUUUACCAAACAUAGUUUUUAUACAGCUCUACUUUCAAGCUCUGAAAGUGUUAGAUUUUGUCCUGCAGGGGGUUAAAUAUAAAAAGAGGGAAUUUUUUUCUCUUGUAAAUAUUAUCUAACGUAACUCUGUAAUCGUAACUUUGGAAUUUAUUUGGUAAACCGUGAAUUUUAGUGCAUUUGAAAAUCUCAAAAAUAAAAUGAAGUCCAAAAUAGCAGAGUUUGGACACUUAUCGAGUUACAUUAUGUUCACAAAUAUUAUGGCAGAUAACAAUUUUGAUGUUGAACAAACCAUAUUUCACAGUUUAGUAAACAACCCCUACUGCAUCAGUAUAACAUAGAAAAUGGAUGUUUCUGGAAACUAUACAAUAAUUGUUAUACUUGGAUUACAAAUCUAAUUAGCAAUUUAAAAUUGUAUCAAACCGUUAUUAGAAUGAUGGCAAAGAAACUAAACACUCAGGUUUAUAUAUAUUUUUAUUUUUUUAUUUUUUUAAGGUCAAGUCAUUUUCUGUGCAAUUUUGACAAAUACUGCUAAAUCCCAAAAAUACAACAAUGCUUGUGUAAAUAACCUCAAAAGAUCAAAGAUCACUGUGUUAAGUGCUAUAUAGAAAUGAGGGGAAAAAAGCUUGGAAGUAGCUCACUUUACUAAUUUAGAAUUCAAAUACAAGAUAUAAAACCAAAACACAAAAUGUGUUUUAUAUGGUGGCAUAUUAACAGUAAAGACUCAAUUUACACCUUCCAGUACCUGUAGGCUCAGAGACAUUAUUUUAAUUUCCACAAAAAAUCCAAUUCUGUUUUGCUCCAUAAUUUGGAGAAUAUUUUUGGAAAAUUGUGCUUUUUAUCAUACUUGCACGCACAUGUAGGCAACUCCCUACUCUGUUUACUGUCACAUUUCGCCUUGAACAUUCUAAGCAACAUUCUAAGGAACAUUCUAACAAACAUAAGCAACAUUCUAAGAAACAUUCUAAACAACAUAACCACUACAGCGUGCUGUAUGGGUUAUGGUGCCAGGAGAGCUCUUUUAUUAUUCACUUCCCCAUUGAACUUAAUCAAACCAUUUUAGCAUUUCUUACCGGGGGACCACUGGAUGCAGCUCCCCACCUCUUUAACAUCUCAGUGGGAGCCAUAAGUUCAGGAGCUUCCCUUUGUUCUCCUGAGCUAGCCAUGAACCUUAGGCCUGACCUAAGGUCUAGGACCAGCACAUUGCCCGCUUGUGCUGCUCAGCCAAUGAGCUCUCUCCUGCACUAUACCUAACUGAGAAAAUACUGCAGCUCUGGUUUCAAAUAAAACCACUAUUUUUAAUAACACGCAACAAAUGGGUUAAAUUAAUUCUCAAAACACAUUUCACGAGGCAAUAAAUGUUAUUGUAAGAAACAGAUAAGUCAUUACUAUUACCUCAAUACUAAUUUUGUUUUUCUAAUUCUCAUAGUUUAUUAAACACAAUUCAGUUACUUACUUCUUUUUGCAGGUUAAUAGCACUGAUUGGCAGGUAUUACACUACUCUCUAUGCAGUAAACCUAUCUUCAUCGCUGUCAUUUACAUAGGUACAUUAUUUUGUGAUAGAAAAUUCACGUAGUAUUGUUGUUCCUUUCUGUUUUGUAUAUAGUUUGUACAUUUUCUUUUAGUCAAGAUUGCAUUAUAGAAUUUUACUUAUGAUUAAUGAUACCAGGGAGAAUAUCAAUAAAUUAGAUGGCUAUAUGCCAACUAUAAUCAUUAAACACAAUAACUUAUGGUGCUUUCAUUUUCCAUACUUCAUGUGUGUGUGUUAAUAAAUAGUCAUAAAUUCUGAAUGGUUUAUAUACUAAGCCAUGUCCUGCACUAAAACAUUAAUCAAGCCAAAAACUAAGGACAAAGGGGGAGAGUUAUGUAGGUAAAAACGGAUGCUAUUCUGGGACAAAUAACAAUCACACCAAUAGAAUGUCUUUUAGUAUUUUGCACUUUGCACCCAAAAUAGCAGCCAUUUUGGUGUUAUCAACUCACUAAUUAGCAAAUAGUGUCAAAUGUUUAUUGAAUCAGCCUCUGCAUUUCUGCAGGAAACUGCAGGAUGCUAUAUAGUGUAUUUUGUGCUAAUGUGCCAGUGCCCUGUAUAUUAUGUCAUGUAUGCAAUAAUUGUGAAUGUUCUAUGAAUUAAACGGACACUCCAGGCACCCAUACCACUUCUGCCCAUUGGAGUGUUCUGGGUGCCAACUCCCACUACUCUUAACCCUGCAACUGUACUUAUUGCAGUUUUUUAUAAACUGCAAUAAUUACCUUGCAGGGUUAACUCCACCUCUAGUGGCUGUCUACUAGACAGCCACUAGAGGGCACUUCCUGAUUCAUAGCAAAGAUUUUCUUUGCUAGAGCGUCGCUGGACGUCCUCACGCUGUGUGAGGACCUCCAGCGUCGCUCAAUUUCCCAUAGGAGUUGGCACUGGAGUUUUCCUUUAAGGCUGUGUUUGAGAUUAUGGUCCAUUGUCAUAAAAUGUGAACAUUCUUUGGUAGACUGUGUUGCUUUCUCGACAAGUAUUAUGAAAUCUGGAUGUAUGUGAUUUUAAUAGUAUAUAUUAUCAACUGCAUCAUGUUAAUAUAAAGAAUGAGGUACAUAAUCUGAUUAUAUUAUAUAAACAAUUUUACUUGUAGAAACAAUACAAUUCCAGUUACCAUUUAGUGCUUUCUCCAUCCACCUGUGUAUAUGUCCCCUCCAUCAAUGCCGCUCUCUGGCCUAUGUACCUGCAGACCCUGUCAUCUCAUUAGUUACUACAAGGAUUCUAAAUAUACGGGACUGACAAUGAGUGCAUACUAAGAAAUACUUAAAAACACAUGAAACUUUUAAAUACUUAAUAAACUAGGAAAAUAAACAACCCUGGGUGUUCCAUGGAUUUAAAACAAAACAACAUAAGAGCAUAUUACACAGUAACACAGUAAUUAUUUUCAUGAAAAAAUGAAAAUAAAUACUAAUAAAAAAUAUAUAAUGAUGUUAAAUAAUAUUGGAUGUUUAAGAAAUGAUAUAAAUAGAAUAUAAUGCUCACAUUUUGUUAGAAAAAGUUUCAAAAAUGUAAUUUUCUGAUGCAGUCCAGUCUGCAAGGUUAGAAGAAUUCUUAGUCUUUACCGAUUAUCUUAUCUCACAGACGAGGCUGCUUUGCUUUAGAACAGGAAAUAGGAAGGUAUAAAGUAACACAUUCUAAGACACACUUUCAAGGAGUGUGUGGGGAAGCUUUGUAAGUCACAGGUGUGGGGGGGAGGGGGUGGAUCGGGAUGCAAAAAUAAAGUAAAUUGCUGAAAUGUUAAAAUGAUUUUGGUGUUUAGAUAGAACCUUUAAAUGUAACAAUAUAAUAAUUGGUGUUCCCUGUUAUUCAUCGGAGUUGCAAAGUUUAUGAAAAUACUGAGUCCUUGCAUAUCUACGAUAUUCAAAUAAAAUCUAAAAUGCAUACAUAUGCUUUGUAAUUCAUGAGCAAUUUAUAACUUAAAUUAAUUUUUAAAAAUCUGUCAAAAGUUUGCAGAUUCCGGGAUAGAUAGAUAAAUGAUAGAUAGAUAGAUAGAUAGAUAGAUAGGUAGAUAGAUAGGUAGAUAGAUAAUGGAUGGAUGGAUGGAUAAAUGGAGGGAUCAAUGGAUGGAUGGGAAGAUAGAUAGAUAUCUGGAUUUGGAUAAAUAUAUAUAUAUAUAUAUAUAUAUAUAUAUAUAUA